AUGGUCAGAACGUGGAUAGGAAAUGGCACAGUUCAGAUCAAGCACACACAGAGUAGCCAUUAUUUUUUAAAAAUUAAAACAAUGUUUUAAAAGUAUUAUUUCGUGGACAAGCUAUAGGUCAAUUAUUGCUGAAAAGAGCUGGAAACACAUCAGAAGGCUUCCACAACAUGUCAAAAACUUUUUGGGGAAAAAUGGGAUUGAUAGACACAACAGCUAGAACAUUACAAAUGUUUUAGUAAGGGAUGUCAGGUGGGGUCAAGGGACAUAUCCAAAGUGUCCUAAGUAUGUAAAUUAGUGUUUUCACGAUACCAACUUUUUACAAAUGAUGCGAUAGCAGGCCAAGUUCCACGAUACCAAGUAGUAUCGCCAUACCAUGCUGGGGGAAAAAAAAUCAGUGGCCUAAUAUCCUGUUCGCCCCGUCACCCGCACACUUGUUCCUGUUUUCUAAACGUUCUCUAAAAUGCUGUCACUGAAAUUCACACUUCUACUCAAUACAACACAUUGAAUUUAACUUCACACUGUUCAGUGUAUAAUUGAAUGCUGCAUAGAAUGGCUGAUUUGCUAAUAUUUGCAAAGGCCUACCUGUGAUUUGGCUGGAGGAAUGGGAGGAAGGAAUAUACAUGCAUAAUGAACUGCAUGUCAUUGUCAGUAAGGGGAAAACACUGCAUGAAACCUUCUUUACUCUUCACACUCUUUCUCCCUCACUCUCAUAAACAUACACACACCACUCUCUCUCUCCCACAAACACACACUGCUCCCAACUUUUAAAACAUUAGGCACCAAACAGAAUUUAUAAAAAUAAACUAAAAGAUCACAUUUACUUAAGUAUUCAGACCCUUUACUCAGUACUUUGUUGAAGCACUUUUGGCAGCGAUUACAGCCUCUAUAUUGGGAGGUUUUCCCAUUAUUCUCUACAUAUCCUCUCAAGCUCUGUCCGGUUGAAUGGGGAGCGUCGCUGCACAGCUAUUUUCAGGUCUCUCCAGAGAUGUUCGAUUCCGGGCUCUGGCAAGGACAUUCAGAGACUUGUACCAGAGCCACUCCUGCGUUGUCUUGGCUGUGUGCUUAGGGUCGUUGUCCUGUUGGAAGAUUAACCUUCACCCCAGUCUGAGGUCCUGAGUGCUCUGGAGCAGGUGUUCAUCAAGGAUCUCUCUGUACGUUGCUCCUUUCAUCUUUCCCUCUCCUGACUAGUCUCCCAGUCCCUGCCGCUGAAAAACAUCUGCACAGCAUAAUGCUGCCACCACCAUGCUUCACCGUAGGGAUGGUCACAGGUUUUCUCUAGACGUGACGCUUGGCAUUCAGUCCAAAGAUUUCAAUCUCGGUUUCAUCAGACCAGAGGAUCUUGUUUCUCAUGGUCUGAGAGUCUCUUAGGUGACUUUUGGCAAACUCCAAGCGGGCUGUCAUGUGCCUUUUUACUGAGGAGUGGCUUCCGUCUCGCCACUCUACCAUAAAGGCCUGAUUUGGUGGAGUGCUGCAGAGAUGGUUGUCUUUCUGGAAGGUUCUCCCAUCUCCACAGAGGAACUCUGGAGCUCUGUCAGAGUGAUCAUCGGGUUCUUGGUCACCUCCCUGACCAAGGCUCUUCUUGCCUGAUUGAUCAGUUUGGCCGGGCGGCCAGCUCUCGGAAGAGUAUUGGUGGUUCCAAACUUCUUCGAUUUAAGAAUGGUGGAGGCCACUGUGUUUUUGGGGACCUUCAAUGCUGCAGACAUUUUUUGGUAUCCUUCCCCAGAUCUGUGCCUCAACACAAUCCUAUCUCGGAGCUCUACAGACAAUUCCUUCGACCAAAUGGCUUCGUUUUUGCUCUGACAUGCACUGUCAACUGUGGGACCUUAAAUAGACAGGUGUACCUUUCCAAAUCAUGUCCAAUCAAUUGGUGGACUCCAAUCAGGUUGUAGAAACAUCUCAAGGAUGAUCAAUGGAAACCGGAUGCACCUGAGCUCAAUUUCGAGUCUCAUAGCAAAGGGUCUGAAUACUUACAGUACCAGUCAAAAGUUCGGACGCACCUACUCAUUCAAGGGUUUGUCUUUAUUUGUACUAUUUUCUACAUUGUAGAAUAAUAGUGAAGACAUCAAAACUAUGAAAUAACACAUGGAAUCAUGUGGUAACCAAAAAAUGUAUUUUAUAUUUGAGAUUCUUCAAAUAGCCACAGCUUUGCACACUCUUGGCAUUCUCUCAACCAGCUUCACCUUGAAUGCUUUUCCAACAGUCUUGAAGGAGUUCCCAUAUGCUGAGCACUUGUUGGCUGCUUUUCCUUCACUCUGCGGUCCGACUCAUCCCAAACCAUCUCAAUUUGGUUGAGGUCGAUGGAUUGUGGAGGCCAGGUCAUCUGAUGAAGCACUCAAUCACUCUCCUUCUUGGUAAAAUAGCCCUUACACAGCCUGGAGGUGUGUUGGGUCAUUGUCCUGUUGAAAAUCAAAUGAGAGUCUCAUUAAGCCCAAACCAGAUGGGAUGGCGUAUCGCUGCAGAAUGCUGUGGUAGCCAUGCUGGUUAAGUGUGCAUUGAAUUCGAAAUAAAUCACUGACAGUGUCACCAGCAACGCACCCCAACACCAUAACACCACAUGCUUUACGGUGGGAACUACACAUGCGGAGAUCAUCCGUUCACCCACACUGCGUCUCACAAAGACACGGCGGUUGGAACCAAGAAUCUCCAAAUUUGGACUCCAGCCCAAAGGACAAAUUUCCACAAGUAAAUGUCAAUUGCUCGUGUUUCUUGGCCCAAGCAAGUCUCUUCUUAUUAUUGGUAUUCUUUAGUAGUGGUUUGUUUUUAGUAAUUCGACCAUGAAGACCUGAUUCACAGUCCCCUCUGAACAGUUGAUGUGUCUGUUACUUGAACUCUGUGAAGCAUUUAUUUGGGCUGCAAUUUCUGAGGCUGGUAACUCUAAUGAACUUAUCCUCUGCAGCAGAGUUAACUCUGGGUCUUCCAUUUCUGUGGCGUUCCUCAUGAGCCAGUUUCAUCAUAGUGCUUGAUGGUUUUUGCGACUGCACUUGAAGAAACUUUCAAAGUUCUUGAAAUGUUCCAUAUUGACUGACCUUCAUUUCUUAAAAUAAUGUACUGUUUCUCUUUGCUUAUUUUAUCUGUUUUGACAUAAUAUGGACUUGGUAUUUUACCAAAUUGGGCUAUCUUCUGUAUGCCACCCCUACCUUGUCACAACACAACUGAUUGGCUCAAACACAAUAAGAAGGAAAAAAAAAUUCCACAAAUUAACUUUUAACAAGGCAGACCUGCCAGUUGAAAUGCAUUCCAGGUGAGCACCUCAUGAAGCUGGUUGAGAGAAUGCCAAGAGUGUGCAAUGCUGUCAUCACGGCAAAGGGUGGCUAUUUGAAGAAUCUCAAAUAUAUAAAAUAUAUUUUUAUUUGUUUAACACUUUUGGUUACAACAUGAUUCCAUGUGUUAUUUUAUAGUUUUGAUGUCUUCACUAUUAUUCUACAAUGUAAAGAAUAGUAAGAAAAUAAAGAAACCCUUGAAUGAGGUAGGUGCGUCCAAAGUUUUGACUUGUGGUGUGUGUAUAUAUGUAUAUAUAUAUAUAUAUAUAUAUAUAUAUAUAUAUAUAUAUAUAUAUAUAUAUAUAUAUAUAUAUAUAUAUAUAUAUAUAUAUAUAUAUAUAUAUAUGCAAACAUUUCUAAAAACCUGUUUUCGCUUUGUCAUUAUGGGGCAUUGUGUGUAGAUUGAUGAGAGAAAUAAAUAAUUUAAUCCAUUUUAGAAUAAGGCUGUAACAAAAUGUGGAAAAAGGGAAGGGGUCUGAAUACUUUCCAAAUGCGCUGUAUAUGGAUGAUUUAUAAAGCCAGGCACAUUUAACAGUUAGGCUAUUGAUUUAUAGACAUAAUUAAAUUGGGGUUUCCGCUCUCCUCAAUUUUCUUACACAGUUAGGCUAAGGCAAGGGCUGUUUCCUUGUCUCUGCUGCUGCUGCCUCCACCGCAUUGUUCUCAAUCCCAAUAUGCUGGUUAACUUUGCUAUUAUGCACAUGGCAGCUUAGGGAAAGGCACCAAUUCUACGGCACACAAGAUUGUUUCGGAACCGCUGACAGCGACCGUAUUCAACGCGGGAGAAAGUGCAUUUGUUAUAAAAUAUUAGAUUUAUUAGUGUUCCAUUAUUUUCACAUAAUAUAACCAUAUACAAUUUCAGUAUCACAUCUUGGAGUGAUGGACUGUGCCAUCCCCGUGGCCUCCGCAAUGGAUUAGUCCAUUGAGACAGGUGCGAAUCAGACAGGUGUCUAGUGCACCAUGAAAAAUAAAAUAGGAAUUGCGCCUGCUCGACUAAAGAAAUCUCGGUCGACCAAACAAUCGACCAGUCGACUAAAUUGGGUCAGCCCUAAUUCUCACACAGGUGUUCCUUUUGUGCAGGUGGGAAAGGGCAGUGUGGAUUGCAAUAGAGAUGGCAUCAUCUGUGGAUCUGUUUAGGCGGUAUGUGAAUUGGAGUGGGUCCAGGGUUUCUUGGAUGAUGGCCUUUCAAAGCAUUUCAUGGCUACAGAUGUGAGUGCUACGGGGCGAUAGUCAUUUAGACAGGUUACCUUGGCGUUCUCGGGCACAGGGACUAUGGUGGUCUGCUUGAAACAGGCAUUACAAGACUGGGUCAGAGAAAGGUUGAGAAUGUCAGUGAAGACACUUUCCAGCUGGUCAGCACAUGCUCUUGAGUACGCCUCUUGGUAAUCCGUCUGGCCCUUCGGCCUUGUGAAUGUUAAUCUGUUUCAAGGGCAUAGUCACAUUCAUCCGCGACAGCUGGUGCUCUCACAUGGUUAAGUGUUGCUUGCCUCGAAGCGAGCAUAGAAGGCAUUUGGCUAAUCUGGUAGGCUCGCAUCACUGGGCAGCUCUCGGUUGGGUUUCCCUUUGUAAUCCGUGGUAGUUUGCAAGACUUGCCUCAUCUGUCGAGUGUCAGAUCCGGUGUAGUAGGAUUCGAUCUUAGAUGUUCUAGGCUGCUUAUGGUAGAGUAACCUCUACUGAACAAAAAUAUAAACGCAACAUGCAACAAUUUCUAUGAUUUUUCUGAGUUACAGUUCAUAUGAGGAAAUCAGUCAAUUCAAAAAAUAUUUUAGGCCCUAAUCUAUGGAUUUCACAUGACUGGAAAUACAGAUUUGCAUCUGGUCACAUAUACCUUUAAAAAAUUAGGUGUGUGGAUCAUAAAACCAGUCAGUAUCUGGUGUGAACACCAUUUGCCUCAUGUAGCUCGACACAUCUCCUUCGCAUAGAGUUGAUCAGGCUGUUGAUUGUGGCCUGUGGAUGUUGUCACACUCCUUCAAUGGCUGUGCGAAGUUGCUGGAUAUUGGUGGGAACUGGAACACUCUGCUGUACGCGUCGAUCCAGAGCAUCUCAAAUGUGCUCAAUGGAUGACAUGUCUGGUGAGUAUCCAGGCCAUGGAAGAACUGGGACAUUUUCAGCUUCCAGGAAUUGUGUACAGAUCCUUGCGACAUGGGGCCGUGCAUUAUCAUGCUGAAACAUGAGGUGAUGGAGCGAAUGAAUGGCACUACAAUGGGUCUCAGGAUCUCGUCACGGUAUCUCUGUGCCAUCGAUAAAAUGCAAUUGUGUUCGUUGUCCGUAGCUUAUGCCUGCCUAUACCAUAAUCCCACAGCCACCAUGGGGCACUCUGUUCACAACAUUUAACAUCAGCAAACCGCCUGCCCGCACGACGCAAUACACGCUGUUAGCCAUCUGCCCAGUAAAGUUGAAACCGGGAUUCAGGGAUGAAGAGCAGACUUCUCUAGCGUGCCAUUGACCAUCGAAGGUGAGUGUUUGCCCACUGAAGUCGGUUACGACGCCUAACUGCAGUCAGGUCAAGAACCUGGUGAGGACAACGAGCACGUAGAUGAGCUUCCCUAAGACGGUUUCUGACAGUUUGUGCAGAAAUUCUUUGGUUGUUCAAACCAACAGUUUCAUCAGCUGUCCAGGUGGCUUGUCUCAGACAAUCCUGCAGGUGACGAAGCCGGAUGUGGAGAUCCUGGGCUGGCGUGGUUACACGUGGUCUGCGGUUAUGAGGCCGGUUGGAUAUACUGCCAAAUUCUCUUAAACGACGUUGGAGGCUGCUUCUGGUACAGAAAUUAACAUUCAGUUCUCUGCCAACAGCUUUGGUGUACAUUCCUGCAGUCAGCAUGCCAAUUGUACGCGCCCUCAAAACCUUAGACAUCUGUGGCUUUGUGUUGUGUGACAAAACUGCACAUUUUAGUGUGGGCUUUUAUUGUCCCCAGCACAGGGUGCACCUGUGUAAUGGUCAUGCUGUUUAAAUCCCUAAGGUCGGUGUCUGCGCCCCGCGGAAAUCUAAUUGGCGUUUAAAAAAAAAUCCCUAUAAAAAUCUGUCAGUUUAAGCUAAAGAUGUUUUUUUUUGCAUUGGAUGUGUCUCAAUCAACCGCAUCCGCAUAUGUCGCACUUCCGCAUCUGUGGUGAAAGGUGACAGAGCUAGAGCGGUGUUUGUCAGACCAUGAGACAUCCCAAAAAACGUUAUUCUCACAAAAUCGUCUGUAACGUCCGAACGGUUUGGGCUAGACACUAAUAUGACCCCCCUGUGGAAAGGUGAGAUCUCACGAGUGCGUACAUGUUGUUUUGCUCUAGGACGCCCACAGGCCUCAAGACUCGUCUGAAGUAUAUACAGUGGGGAAAAAAGUAUUUAGUCAGCCACCAAUUGUGCUAGUUCUCCCACUUAAAAAGAUGAGAGAGGCCUGUAAUUUUGAUCAUAGGUACACGUCAACUAUGACAGACAAAUUGAGGAAAAAAAAUCCAGAAAAUCACAUUGUAGGAUUUUUAAUGAAUUUAUUUGCAAAUUAUGGUGGAAAAUAAGUAUUUGGUCACCUACAAACAAGCAAGAUUUCUGGCUCUCACAGACCUGUAACUUCUUCUUUAACAGGCUCCUCUGUCCUCCACUCGUUACCUGUAUUAAUGGCACCUGUUUGAACUUGUUAUCAGUAUAAAAGACACCUGUCCACAACCUCAAACAGUCACACUCCAAACUCCACUAUGGCCAAGACCAAAGAGCUGUCAAAGGACACCAGAAACAAAAUUGUAGACCUGCACCAGGCUGGGAAGACUGAAUCUGCAAUAGGUAAGCAGCUUGGUUUGAAGAAAUCAAAUGUGGGAGCAAUUAUUAGGAAAUGGAAGACAUACAAGACCACUGAUAAUCUCCCUCGAUCUGGGGCGCCACGCAAGAUCUCACCCCGUGGGGUCAAAAUGAUCACAAGAACGGUGAGCAAAAAUCCCAGAACCACACGGGGGGACCUAGUGAAUGACCUGCAGAGAGCUGUGACCAAAGUAACAAAGCCUACCAUCAGUAACACACUACGCCGCCAGGGACUCAAAUCCUGCAGUGAAAGACGUGUCCCCCCUGCUUAAGCCAGUACAUGUCCAGGCCCGUCUGAAGUUUGCUAGAGUGCAUUUGGAUGAUCCAGAAGAGGAUUGGGAGAAUGUCAUAUGGUCAGAUGAAACCAAAAUAUAACUUUUUGGUAAAAACUCAACUCGUCGUGUUUGGAGGACAAAGAAUGCUGAGUUGCAUCCAAAGAACACCAUACCUACUGUGAAGCAUGGGGGUGGAAACAUCAUGCUUUGGGGCUGUUUUUCUGCAAAGGGACCAGGACGACUGAUCCGUGUAAAGGAAAAAAUGAAUGGGGCCAUGUAUCGUGAGAUUUUCAGUGAAAACCUCCUUCCAUCAGCAAGGGCAUUGAAGAUGAAACGUGGCUGGGUCUUUCAGCAUGACAAUGAUCCCAAACACACCGCCCGGGCAACGAAGGAGUGGCUUCGUAAGAAGCAUUUCAAGGUCCUGGAGUGGCCUAGCCAGUCUCCAGAUCUCAACCCCAUAGAAAAUCUUUGAAGGGAGUUGAAAGUCCGUGUUGCCCAGCGACAGCCCCAAAACAUCACUGCUCUAGAGGAGAUCUGCAUGGAGGAAUGGGCCAAAAUACCAGCAACAGUGUGUGAAAACCUUGUGAAGACUUACAGAAAACGUUUGACCUGUGUCAUUGCCAAAAAGGGUAUAUAACAAAGUAUUGAGAAACUUUUAUUGACCAAAUCCUUAUUUUCCACCAUAAUUUGCAAAUAAAUUCAUAAAAAAUCCUACAAUGUGAUUUUCUGGAGAAAAAAAAUCUCAUUUUGUCUGCCAUAGUUGACGUGUACCUAUGAUGAAAAUUACAGGCCUCUCUCAUCUUUUUAAGUGGGAGAACUUGCACAAUUGGUGGCUGACUAAAUACUUUUUUCCCCCACUGUAUGGAGACUGUUUAGUGCCAAAUAUAAGGCGUUAAAUACAUGUAAAAAAAUUAAAGUUUCCUGAUGUUUCUUAUAUCUCUCAUAUAUAGGACAGACUCUUCAGAACAAACUUCCUUGAUUUUGUUUUGGGACUAUCUGUUGUUCCGUGUAGUGAAUCUGUCAGGGGUGCCACUUUGGUUUUAGAAGUGGGGGGAACAUAACCUGGCGGGGUGGUCUUAAGCUAAUUUCCUGCAUUUUCACACAGUCCAAUAUGCCGUCACUAUUUAGAACAAAAAGUAAGCAAAAAUGCCCACAGUCAUCAAGCUAGGUAAGAGAUCAUUUAUGAAAUGUUUAAGUGAUUUUAAUAAGACUGAACUAGAUCAAAGGUAAUUCAAUAAUACGUAUUGUGUUGCACCUUCAACCAAUACCCUAACAAAUGAACAACUCCUGAAAAAAUACAAAUAAUUUUGAUUGUCUUUAUUAAAACAUCCUCUAUAUCAAAAUUCAGCCAGACCGACCAGCCUGCCCGAGCCGCCUGUACUCCCGACCCCCACCAGUCUAGUCAAUAACUCAACUCUCUCCCAACACAAGUUCCUUCCCAGUUCCUACCUUUUAAUUUUUUUUGUUCCGAAGGGGAAUGAUUUGGAAACAAAAAAAACACACCUCAAAAAUACAUUUAACACACAGAAACAGCAAAUCCCUUCAUAUAAUAAAUAUCAUAGGAUUAAUAGUACUGUAGAGCUCUUUCUACUUGCACACAAUGUAGCUGGGUCACCCCAUCCUGUUCCUAGGGGUUCAUCACCCUGCAGCGCCCCAACCCAACCCAACACACUCAGCUUUAGGAUCUUAGUGAAAUAUUCAUUAUUGGUUUCAGGUGUGUUAGGCCAAGACCAAAGUGACAACCCACAGGACGGCAGACCCCCGGGGCCAGGACUGAGCAGCCCAACAGCUAGGGAUUGCCUAAAUAGGUAUCUCCCCUGACGUGGUCAUGUUUUCAAUACAGACUCCUUUUGUUUUACUGUAUUCCAUAUAGGGCAUCCAGACCUUAUGAAAGUUGCCCAGUAUAACCUUAAUCUGGUAAUAAAUCAAAGCUAGUGAUGCAUAACUUGACCUUGUGGGAGGAUAACCAACCUUCCAAAUAUUGGCAAUGCAUAUCUUAGCCACUAUUAAUACUUGGUUACACAGUUUCUUGAGGUAAUAGUCUCCAGUUUCAACAUUUCCAAGCAAACAAAAACAGGGAGAAGGGAGAAUCUGUAGACAUGUUGAGAUAAAAUAGCAUAGUCUUUGGCAGAAUUCAGCCAGCCUUCACAAGACCAUAACAUAUGCAAAUAUGUCCUGUUUUGUGUUUAUAACCUCCAGCAGAGGAAUUACAUUUCUGAGUGAAUGUAAUUCAGUUUCACUGGUAGGGCUGACCCCAAUUAGUCGACUUGUCGAUUGUUUGGUCGUUAGGCUGUUGGUCGACCUAGAUUGUUUUAGUCGAGCAGUUAUAUAUAUGCGCCCAUAUCAGUGAAGUAAUCCAUUGCGGAGACUAAAAGCCAAUUUAUGCUUGAUCCGUAAAUGUGGUCGUAGGGUCUAUAUGGAGUGUGUGACGCAAUUGUGGAGCCUCCAGAGGCAUGCAGAGUCCAAAUCGAGCUCCGUACCGUAUUGCCAUGCGCCUCCCAAAUUUUGUAACGAUGCGCAUUGAAAUGUUUGGUUGACAGUAGUACAUCCUGUUGAAAACACAAACUCCCUUCCUUGACAACAGCUCUGCACUGCUCCGCGAAGCUCAAGAAGAAUGAAUGCCCUGACUUCUGCUGAGGCCAUAUCACCGUAAAUGCUGCAUGGCCAAUGCAGACGUCAGAUUGACCAUGCACCCAGAUGCACAAUACACUUCUCUCUCCAGAAUGCGCUCUCUCCCGCCAAUUUGUGCACAUUCACUGUUUCAUAACUUCAUUGUGUGAAUUGUUUGCAUUUGAUUGUUAGUGUAUAUCAAUUCCCCAUUACAUAUAUCACCAGUAGUACAUUUACCAUUAAUUCCUAUAAUUUCUAAUCUACAAUGUUUGUUAUGGUAAUUUCUGUUAAUACAUUCAAUAUUAUUAUUACAGUCUUCCCGUUAUCAUUGACAGAGUGGACACAUUGUUUGCAGAACCUAUGCUACACUUGUGAGAAACAAGUUUUGGUUUAUUUCAUUCUAUUUACGAGUUUAGUGAAUUUAGUCAUUGUCUUUUGUUUGGAGCGCUCUUGUCAAUGUUGAGUAAGGAUGUGCACCUGAUUACGCAUAGAAGUAGGCCUAUAGGCUACCUGGCCUGUAGGCAUAUAAAUGUGCCCAUUUGGGAAUCUGAUAGUAUUUCUGAUUGGCUUAACGCACCACCACUAAUGAGCUGUGGAGCUUCUCAAAGUAAUGUUUUCUUCACCUCAAAGAGCAAGCAAACAAAGUCUGUUUUUACAUCCAUUGAGAAUUACAAUAGUUCCUCAAUGUAUUUGAAAAAUCUUUCCAGCUCUCUCCCUUUCGAUAACCACUCAGCGUGAACGGGCAAAAUGUCAAAUCCGGUGAGCUCCUGCCCAAGUCAAGCACUGCUUCUUAUGCCUUGCGCAAAUAGCCUACAGCUGUGUCUGUCCCAGAAUAUUUUAUGUUGAAAGUUCGCUAGCGCAAGCUUCCCGCUGGACCCAAGUUAAUAGUUGAUUCAACGUUUCAAGUUCGUUGCGGACAGGCCAUGUGUAGCCAAUGUGAUUUAUAGGAUAUUUAUUUUUAUCAGGAUAUUUUCUACCUGCAGGCUACAAUGUUUUUAUUUGUUGGCUUUAUGUAGGCUAUUUUUACAUAGUUGGCAAUGGCAAUAGAAGUUACUUUUUAGGUUUGUAUCAUUUAUUUGUUUAGAUUUGGAUAGAAUUUUGAUUAACCACAUGACAAUGAGAUAUUUUGAGAUAUGAAGAAGUUAUAACAAAUUUAAUGAAACUGUUUCACGAAAAUGUGCAUAUGAAAAUCAUAACUGGCACGCAGAUCAGUACAAAUGGUAAGAUAAAUUGGCAUUCCAUAUGAGAAAGGUUGCCGACUCCUCGUGUAGCCUAUUACCGGCAACUUCAGGAGAGUAAUGGCAGAAUCUGCGAAAGCCAGCAAGAGCGGGAGGAGAAUAAUUGGGUCAGGUUAAGGUUUUUUUUCUUCUGGUUUUCUAGAUCUCUGGCGCCCUCAAGGCAUUUGUCUUAUUUCAUCAAACCAUAAACUUAAAGCAAUCAGACAAGCUUAAUGCAUUUAUUAAAACACAGGGUGUGUCUAUAUAUGGAAAAAAUACAAGCCGAAACUUCCUCAAACACUUCAAACUAUGUUUGGUAGCGUUGAUACUCGAGAAUAAUAUGCUCUCGAUGGUGCAGCUGUAGAACAUUUUGAGGAUCUGAGGACCCAUGCCAAACUGUUUUGCGAGCACAGACUGGAAUAUGUUCCGGGAUUCAUCCAAUGGCAUUGAGGAGUAUACCACCUCAGUCACCGGCUUCAUCAAAAGUGCAUCGAUGACGUCGUCCCCACAGUGACCGUGUGUACAUAUCCUAACCAGAAGCCAUGGAUUACAGGCAACAUCCACACCAAGCUAAAGGCUAGAGCUGCCGCUUUCAAGGAGCUGGACACUAAUCCGGACGCUUAUAAGAAAUCCCGCUAUGCCCUCAGACGAACCGUCAAUACAGGACUAAGAUUAAAUCAUACUACACCGGCUCUGACGCUCGUCGGAUGUGGCAUGGCUUGCAAACUAUUACGGACUACAAAGGGAAACCCAGCCGCUAGCUGCCCAGUGACGCAAGCCUACCAGACGAGCUAAAUGCCUUUUUAUGCUCGCUUCGAGGCAAGCAGCACUGAAUAGUCACUUUACCCCUACCUACAUGUACGACUUACCUUGACUAACCUGUACCCCUGCACAUUGACUUGGUACCGGCACCCCCUGUAUAUAGCCUCAUUAUUGUUAUUUUAUUGUUACUUUUUAUUUUAUUUUAUACUUUAUUUAGUAAAUAUUUUCUUAACUCUAUUUCUUGAAUUGCAUUGUUGGUUAACAGCUUGUAGGUAAAAAUUUCACGGUAAGGUCUACACCUGUUGUAUUUGGCGCAUGUGACAAAUAAAAUGUGAUUUUAACAUUUUAUUUGAAGCAUGUAUGAGAGCUGUUCCGGACGACUGUGUGAUCACGCUGUCCGUAGCCGAUGUGAGCAAGACCUUUUAAACAGGUCAACAUUCACAAGGCCGCGGGGCCAGACGGAUUACCAGGACGUGUACUCAGAGCAUGCGCGGACCAACUGGCAAGCGUCUUCACUGACAUUUUCAACCUCUCCCAGACCGAGUCUGUAAUACCUGCAUGUUUCAAGCAGACCACCAUUAUCCCUGUGCCCAUGAAAAUGAAGGUAACCUGCCUAGAUUUACUACCGCCCCAUAGCACUCACGUCGGUAGUGCUUUGAAAUGCUGGUCAUGACUCACAUCAACACCAUCUCGGAAACCCUAGACCCACUCCAAUUUGCAUACCGCCUCAACAGAUCCACAGAUGACGCAAUCACACUCCAAACUGCCCUUUCCCACCUGGACAAAAGGAACACCUAAUGUGAGAAUUCUGUUAAUUGACUACAGCUCAGCGUUCAACACCAUAGUUCCCACAAAGCUCAUCACUAAGCUAAGGACCCCGGGACUAAACACCUCCCUCUGCAACUGGAUCCUGGACUUCCUGACGGGCUGCCCCCAGGUGGUAACGGUAGGCAACAACACAUCUGCCACGCUGAUCCUAAAUACUGUGGCCCCUAAGGGGUGUGUGCUUAGUCCCCUCCUGUGCUUCCUGUUCACCCAAGACUGCAUGGCCAAGCACGACUCUAACACCAAUGACACAACAGUGGUAGGGCUGAUCACCGACAACGAUGAGACAGCCUAUAGGGAGGAGGUCAGAGACCUGGCAGUGUGGUGCCAGGACAACAACCUCUUCCUCAAUGUGAGCAAGACAAAGGAGAUGAUUGUGGACUACAGGAAAUGGAGGGCCGAACAGGCCCCCAUUCUCAUCGACGGGGCUGUAGUGGAGCGGGUCGAGAGUUUCAAGUUCCUUGGUGUCCACAUCACCAACGAACUACCAUGGUCCAAACACACCAAGACAGUUGUGAAGAGGGCACGACAACACCUUUUCCCCUCAGGAGACUGAAAAGAUUUGGCAUGGGAUCCCAGAUCCUCAAAGAGUUACACAGCUGCAGCACCGAGAGCAUCCUGACCGGUUUCAUCACCGCCUGGUAUUGCAACUGCUUGGCAUCCGACCGUAAGGCGCUACAGAGGUUAGCGCGUACAGCCCAGUACAUCACUGGGGCCAAGCUUCCUGACAUCAAGGACCUAUAUACUAGGCGGUGUCUGAGGAACGCCCAAAAAUGUGUCAAAAACUCCAGUCACCCAAGUCAUAGAUUGUUCUCUCUGCUACCGCUAUUUAAGAGUGACUGGCCCAGUGUUGCAGUUGUCAUGAUAGAUGCAGAGGGUUAAUGCCUUUAGUUGGCUCUCCCGAUUUUUUUUAUUUACAGUGGGGGGAAAAAGUAUUUAGUCAGCCACCAAUUGUGCAAGUUCUCCCGCUUAAAAAGAUGAGAGGCCUGUAAUUUUCAUCAUAGGUACACGUCAACUAUGACAGACAAAUUGAGAAAAAAAACAUCCAGAAAAUCACAUUGUAGGAUUUUUAAUGAAUUUAUUUGCAAAUUAUGGUGGAAAAUAAGUAUUUGGUCAAUAACAAAAGUUUCUCAAUACUUUGUUAUAUACCCUUUGUUGGCAAUGACACAGGUCAAAUGUUUUCUGUAAGUCUUCACAAGGUUUUCACACACUGUUGCUGGUAUUUUGGCCCAUUCCUCCAUGCAGAUCUCCUAUAGAGCAGUGAUGUUUUGGGGCUGUUGCUGGGCAACACGGACUUUCAACUCCCUCCAAAGAUUUUCUUUGGGGUUGAGAUCUGGAGACUGGCUAGGCCACUCCAGGACCUUGAAAUGCUUCUUACGAAGCCACUCCUUCGUUGCCCGGGCGGUGGGUUUGGGAUCAUUGUCAUGCUGAAAGACCCAGCCACGUUUCAUCUUCAAUGCCCUUGCUGAUGGAAGGAGGUUUUCACUCAAAAUCUCACGAUACAUGGCCCCAUUCAUUCUUUCCUUUACACGGAUCAGUCGUCCUGGUCCCUUUGCAGAAAAACAGCCCCAAAGCAUGAUGUUUCCACCCCCAUGCUUCACAGUAGGUAUGGUGUUCUUUGGAUGCAACUCAGCAUUCUUUGUCCUCCAAACACAACGAGUUGAGUUUUUACCAAAAAGUUAUAUUUUGGUUUCAUCUGACCAUAUGACAUUCUCCCAAUCCUCUUCUGGAUCAUCCAAAUGCACUCUAGCAAACUUCAGACGGGCCUGGACAUGUACUGGCUUAAGCAGGGGGACACGUCUUGCACUGCAGGAUUUGAGUCCCUGGCGGCGUAGUGUGUUACUGAUGGUAGGCUUUGUUACUUUGGUCCCAGCUCUCUGCAGGUCAUUCACUAGGUUCCCCCGUGUGGUUCUGGGAUUUUUGCUCACCGUUCUUGUGAUCAUUUUGACCCCACGGGGUGAGAUCUUGCGUGGAGCCCCAGAUCGAGGGAGAUUAUCAGGUGGUCUUGUAUAUCUUCCAUUUCCUAAUAAUUGCUCCCACAGUUGAUUUCUUCAAACCAAGCUGUUUACCUAUUGCAGAUGCAGACUUCCCAGCCUGGUGCAGGUCUACAAUUUUGUUUCUGGUGUCCUUUGACAGCUCUUUGGUCUUGGCCAUAGUGGAGUUUGGAGUGUGACUGUUUGAGGUUGUGGAAAGGUGUCUUUUUAUACUGAUAACAAGUUCAAACAGGUGCCAUUAAUACAGGUAACGAGUGGAGGACAGAGGAGCCUCUUAAAGAAGUUACAGGUCUGUGAGAGCCAGAAAUCUUGCUUGUUUGUAGGUGACCAAAUACUUAUUUUCCACCAUAAUUUGCAAAUAAAUUCAUUAAAAAUCCUACAAUGUGAUUUUCUGGAUUUUUUUCCUCAAUUUGUCUGUCAUAGUUGACAUGUACCUAUGAUGAAAAUUACAGGCCUCUCUCAUCUUUUUAAGUGGGAGAACUUGCACAAUUGGUGGCUGACUAAAUACUUUUUUUCCCCACUGUAUAGACUAACAAUCCUUUAUCUGAUUUUGUUUUGCACCACCUUUUUUUAUUUGCUUCCUGUCUAACUUUUGGUGUGGGUUUUUCUUUUGUUUGCCUCUUCUUGGGCAAAUGUAGUGGGUGCUCAUGGUGGGUCUUUUAGGUUCCAGUUGUUGUUGCUAGUCAACUUUCAGACACCCCCAUGAGUGUCUUUCAGAACCCCUCCUAAAACCCCACCUGUUUCGUUUUAGUUGUUGGUCAGUGACUCUUUGUUAGUUCCCUCUUCUGUUUGAGCUGCAUUUUUGAUUUUCUUGCUGGGGAAUGUAACACGUGUGUAAUAGCCUUUUUCAUUAAUGAUAGGCCAAGCUUUACUGAAGUUGCGAGACAUUGCAUGCCAAGAAAUGGAAAGAUACAGCAUUCCAUUGCUAGACACAGCUUUUGAUUGCCGAUGGAUAGGUGUAGUGCACGGUUCUGACUGCCUGACUGGUGGCUGACCUGCCUUUACUGUGUCCCUCCCCUCUCUCUCCGUCCCUCGCUAGGUUGCUAUGAAGGAUGUGAGUGUUUUUGUUCUCGGAAGUACUGCAACUAAUCAGUCUCCUCCAUUCCAAAUAUAUUGAGUCUUAGGACUCUUUACUCAACACCGGGGAUCGAUGUGCAAGGAGUGGAGGAAUCAAUUAUUUUGGAGUGGACACUCCACCAGUACGUCAUCCACAGGAGGUUGGUGGCACCUUAAUUGGGGAGGACGGGCUCGUGGUAAUGUCUGGAGCGGAAUUGGUGGAAUGGUAUCAAAUACAUAAAACAUGGUUUGAUGCCAUUGCUGGCAGCAGCGCAGCUGCAUUGUGAAUUCACAUGGAAUUUUAUGAAUCUUUCUUAUUGUUUUAACGGAAAACCGAUAAUAAAAUGGCUAAGUAAAUGUUUCCAUUUGUCACAUCCCUAGUAGCAUCCACAUUAAGUGUUUAUAAACAUUAUAUUCUUAUUUACAAUAAAAGUGACUCCAAAAUGACACUAUUAUUUACCAUUCAUUUCGAUUGAGCACAAAAUAAUCUGAAACAAAACAAACUGCAAAUGCAUCCAACAAGUUUGUAGUCACAAGCUUGAUGUAGCAUGCUAGGAAUAUGGGACCAAAUACAAAACAUUUGACUACUUUACUAUACAUAAGUUAAUUUGUCCAAAUACUUAAAAUGGGGGGUCUACGUAUAGAAAGUGCUGUAAUAUAUAAACGGUUCACCUGAUAUGGAUGAAAAUAACCUAAAAUUUAAAGCUGACAGCCUACACUGUAAUCUCCGUCAUUGUAUCGUUUCAAAUCCAAAGUGCUGGAGUACAGAGACACAAAUUGUCACUUUCCAAAUACUUUUGGACCUCACAGUAUACACUCAAAUGGCCUAUUUGUUCAUGAAGAUGUUUUCUGGUUCACUAUACAGUUGGACCGCACGGAGAAGGUGAAAAACUGCCAGGACCCUGAGUUCUCCAAGAAGCUGCUCGUGGACUACCACUUUGAGAAGGUGCAGAAGUUGAAGCUGGGCGUCUAUGACGUAGACAACAAGUCUGUCAAUCUGAAUGAUGAUGACUUCCUGGGGGGUUUUGAGUGCACACUGGGACAGGUGAGGAUAUAUGAAUGUGUGGACCAAUUAGUCCGCCAUCAUUAUUAUACAUUUGUGUACAUUUUUAUUUUCUCAAGUAUAAACUUUACCCAAUGUUCUUGAACUGCUCUACGAAUUAUGGUGUGCCUCCAACGAUCAACCAUUUGCCUUUCAGAUUGUGUCCAGCAAGAAAAUUACCAGACCUCUACAACUGAAGAAGGGGAAGCCUGCAGGCAAAGGCACCAUUACUGUAAGUAUUUAACUGGCUGUGUAAAUGUAAAAUGGUCCUACUUAUGUAAAUGUUAACAAACAUAAGGCUAAUGCAAACAUUGUCUUGAGAUCAUCAUAUGAAUUCUCUAAUUUGUGUUUAAUUAUGUGUGUGUUUUUACAGAUUACUGCUGAGGAGAUAAAGGAUAACAGGGCCAUAGUGCUGGAGGUGGAGGCUAAAGGCCUGGAUAAGAAGGUACAAUUGAGGCACUUCUCAGUGCACAGUCUUUGCAAAUGCAAAGUGGCCUACUUUAUUAAGGAGUAAUAAAAAGUGUUCUGAAUUCUCUCCCGCCCAUUAUUUAUUCCCCAGUGCUCAUGGUUGUCUCUAUUGCAGGACUUGUUUGGGAAAUCUGAUCCAUUCCUUGAAUUCUUUAAACAAGGAGAUGACGGCAAGUGGCAGCUAGUUCACAGAACUGAGGUACUUAUCACCAUAUUUAUUUGGAGUAGCUGCAACCCAAUAUGUCGAGUAUAGACUGGGUAUUUCGAAAAGAAAGUAGGCUAAUUGCGCACAUGUAAUUGGUUUGACUUUCUGUCAGUUCUUGCCAGCGAGUGCAGAGAUUUGGGCGGACACGGCUGUAGAGAGGAAGGCGCAUCGAAGUUGGUGAAACUCAGAAUGAACUUGUCGUAAAAUCACUCAUACAUUGGAAAAACAUUGCAUGUAUCUUAACAUCUUAACGUGUUGUGAACAUUUUACAUCUAUCACGUUUAAUUUCGGUUGUGUAGACUACUGUGGGCAAGGUCAAAGAUAAAACUUGUCGAUGUCCAGUUUCUGAACACCAAUAGCAAGCUUGCUCAAGGGCCGACUUAUGGGUUUGCCUGCCCGGCUACAGCUGGUGACAGCCAAUUUACGAAGUGAGCGGGCAGAAAUGGCCUACAGCAGGGUUUUUCAAUUCCGCUACUAGAGGGCCGAAACACUUCAAUUUUUUUGUUUCUUCCUGGUAGUGAAUUGCACUCACCUGGUGUACCAGGUCUGAGUCCCUUAUUAGAAGGAGUGGAUGAAAACCCAAUCAGUGUUUUGGCCCUCCCGGACUGUCAUUGAACACCCCUGGUCUACAUUCAUACCCAUCUGAUACCAACACAUUAUGAUAUCAGGAAAUUAAAAUUAGUAUACACUGGUUGCAGUUCUUCAUGUUAUCACAAUUGCUUUUUUUGGGGGACGUAUAUGUGAACUCAACUGCUUUAGCAGUCAUGCAUUUCCUCAAGGAAAAUGACUACGAGACUGAAUACUCAUCGGAUGUUCAUGACACAGAAUACUGGAAAUAAAUUGUCAUUUUUUGCUUUCAUAAAAGGUUUAGUUGUGUAUGUGAUUAAAACUGAUUUAGCAGUUAUCAUCCAUGCAUUUCCUCAAGGAGAGAACAAAAUAGGCUACGCCACGUGCAUUUCUUUUAAACACCCGCUUCUCACACCACACCACUACUCCGAGACCAGUCCGGGAUAAAGCUACCUAUUUUUAUAAUUAAUUCUGUCUGAUGAAGUUGUUUUGACCGGAACAGCACAUUUGAAACAUUCUCUAAUAAAGUAGUAUUUGUUUAAUGGAGAGAGUAUCGUGCAUGACCACCUUAUUGGUCUGUAUUGUUAUUUUGGCAUGGUGCAAUUGUAAUUUCUAUUUGUUGUGACUUGUUGAUCUCAUCCAUUUGUCACUUCUUUUAUUUAUUUGUAUUUUUUGUUAGGUUGUGAAGAAUAAUCUGAGUCCGUCAUGGAAGAAAUUCACUGUGGCUUUGCAAACAUUCUGCAACUGUGACAUGAGCAAACCAAUCAAGGUAUGAAUAGCUGAAAGACCGUGGCAUUUAGCAGACCUACACAAGCACUAGCAUGUAGGGACCUCUCAGAGCUUAUGGUGUCCUAUAGAACCUGUUGAAUUACAGAUGUUGUGACUACUAAAUUAUGUGUUUUGUCUUGACAUAACCUACAGCCCUAUUCUUAUGGGACCGCUGACCUAUGUGUCUGCGUUACUGGCAGGUCACUUGUUAUGAUAAGGACGAAGACACCAGUUCAGAUAUGAUAGGAGAGUUUACUUGCACUACCCGCCAGCUUUUGGACGCUAAAGACCGUGCGGUGAGCCAAAGAGAACCUCUCUCCGUCCUUUUGUCUCUCUUCAACUCCCUCUAUCCUGUCCCCCUUCCCCAGGUCCACUGCUCUGAUUAUGAUAGUGAUGGUUCGCAUGACCUUAUCGGUGUUUUCCAAACUAAUGUGUCUGAGCUGCAGAAAGCUUCCCAUGGUUCGCCGGUGAGACCAUGUCUUUUUUUCUUGCAUUUUUGCUUACCUUACUGUUAACCUUCUGUCUCUUUUAUGGAUCCCACUUGACAUUAAAUUGUAAAGAUACCAUGUUACAUCAAUUGAAAGUUGUUUUGUGUAAUUAAUUGCAUCUAACUACACAGUAACUUCACUAAUUACUCAUUUGAAACACAUUUUUGCCAGUUUCUGAUUAUAAUUGAAUCAUUGUUCUGUGCCUUUACAGUAUAGCUACCAUAUGCUUUAUAUAUUAACUACAUGUGUAAGAGCUGAGCAGCUUAAUGUAAAGUGUUUCUGCCUCAUGUAUCUAAUCAUGAUGUAUUUGAGGAAUUUGUAUAUAUUGCCCAUUGUGAUCAGGUGGAGUUUGACUGUGUCCAUCCAGAGAAGCAGAAGAAGAAGAAGAGUUACAAAAACUCUGGAGUAAUCAGUGUCAAGAGCUGCCAGGUAGGUUAUAAAUAUACUGAACAAAAAUAUGAACGCAACAUGCAACAAUUUCAACGAUUUUACUGAGUUACAGUUCAUAUAUGGAAAUCAGUCAAUUGAAAUAAAUUAAUUCGUCCCUAAUCUAUGGAUUUCACAUGGGUGGGCCUGGGAUGGCAUAGACCCACCCACUUGAGUCAGGCCCACCCACUGGGGAGCCAGCCUCAGCCAAUUAGACCAUCCCGCAGGUGAAGAAGCUGGAUUUGGAGGUCCUGGGCUGGCGUGGUUGCACGUGGUCUCCGGUUGUGAGGCCGGUUGGGCGUACUGCCAAAUUCUCUAAAACAUAAGGCAGUUUAUGGUAGAGAAAUUAACAUUACAUUCUCUGACAACAGCUCUGGUGGACAUUCCUGCAGUCAGCAUGCCAACUGCACGCUCCCUCAAAACUUGAGAAAUCUGUGGCAUUGUGUUGUGUGACAAAACUGCACAUUUUAGUGUCCUUUUAUUAUCCCCAGCACAAGGUGCACAUGUGUAAUGAUCAUGCUGUUUAAUCAGCUUCUUGAUAUGCCACACCUGUCAGGUGGAUGGAUUAUCUUGGUGAAGGAGAAAAUCUCACUAACGGGGACAUAAACAAAUUUGUGUACAACAUUUGAGAGAAAUAUGCUUUUUUUGCAUAUGGAACAUUUCUGGGAUAUUUUAUUUCAGCUCAUGAAACAUGGGACCAACACUUUACAUGUUGCGUUUCUAUUUUUGUUCAGUAUAAUUGCACAGAAGCUUCAUUAGCCCUUAGAUUUUACCCUAUUUUUAAAAAGUUGAUACUUCUAAAGCAAAUUGUAAUUUCCCCCUAGAUACAGGCACAGUACACAUUCCUGGACUAUGUCAUGGGAGGAUGCCAAAUAAAUUUUACGGUAAGUGCAGGCUCUUCAGACACAAUCAGAUGUAAGGGGUUGAAGUUUUGCUUAUUUUUUCUUUUUUUUAAAUCUUAUUUAUGUUUUUUACGUUUUAUCUUUCUUUUUUUCUUUUUUUUCUUUUUUUCGGGGGGAAUGGAUCAGCUUAUUGCAGAUAGAUUGUAUCUUCUAUCAAUGUAAUUGUCUGCAUCACUUCCAAUCCCCCAUGUUUUUUAUACUCCCCUUUAUUACUUUUCAACCCCACCAUCCUUUCCCUACUUGGAGUAAAUUAGUGAACAACAAUGCCCAGGCCUCAACUUCCGGUCUAUAAUUACUAUCUACACCUUAUGGACAGAGUUAAUUUUACAAUAAUUCUAUUAUAUAUAUAUUUUUUUUUAUUUUUAUUUUUUUGCUCUUGAACUUCUUCUACUCUCAACCUCUCUGAUCAUUUUCAUGAUGUCCAUCCGGUUUGCUUCUAUAUGCCAUAUCUUUCUAACUAGCUCAUGUCCAAAAGUCAAGCAAUAUGUUUGAUGGAUUGAAAAUGCACUAAUGGAAAUAAGCUCAGACUGCUGAUAGCUACUUUAUUAAAGAAAAAUGUACUUACUGUGAUGUGGUUGUCCCACCUAGCUAUCUUAAAAUGAAAGCACUAAGUAAGUCGCUCUGAAUAAGAGUGUCUGCUAAAUUACUUAAAUGUCGAAUGUAAACAGCUGAGGGAUGGGGCUGGAGAAAUGUAACCACUCUCAAAAUAGACAGAGUACAGACUUUGUUUGCAAUUACAAACAAUUGAGUAAAACAAGCUUAUGUUUGGGGUUCUAAUGGGGUACGGCAAAUAGACUAAGCUCAUGAGGCAUUUACAAGUUGUAUUCUUUAAGAAUCAAUGGCUAUAUCUAUGAAAUUCCAAAAAUGGAUGUACCAUUCCCGGAUUGCUUCUUUAAAUUAGUAUUUCUUUUAGCUUUUUGUUCCAAUUGCACCAUCACUCAUGGUUCCUACAUUUCUCUAAGGUGGGCAUUGAUUUCACUGGGUCAAACGGCGACCCUCGCUCUCCACAGUCCCUGCAUUACCUGAGUCCUGACGGUCUGAACCAGUACCUUUCGGCCACAUGGUCAGUGGGCCUGGUGGUCCAGGACUAUGACACGUAAGAAGAACACUCUUUCUGCUCAGUAGAACGCCAAAGAAGGAGAGGCCGUGAGUAGAUUAAUAGAUGGCUAAAUUCAGAUUCCCUACUCUUCUCCUCGAAGUGUACACUUGUUCACCCCCCAUGCAUUUAAAAUACAGUGGGGAAAAAAAGUAUUUAGUCAGCCACCAAUUGUGCAAGUUCUCCCACUUAAAAAUAUGAGAGAGGCCUGUAAUUUUCAUCAUAGGUACACGUCAACUAUGACAGACAAGUUGAGGAAAAGAAAUCCAGAAAAUCACAUUGUAGGAUUUUUAAUGAAUUUAUUUGCAAAUUAUGGUGGAAAAUAAGUAUUUGGUCACCUACAAACAAGCAAGAUUUCUGGCUCUCACAGACCUGUAACUUCUUCUUUAAGAGCCUCCUCUGUCCUCCACUCGUUACCUGUAUUAAUGGCACCUGUUUGAACUUGUUAUCAGUAUAAAAGACACCUGUCCACAACCUCAAACAGUCACACUCCAAACUCCACUAUGGCCAAGACCAAAGAGCUGUCAAAGGACACCAGAAACAAAAUUGUAGACCUGCACCAGGCUGGGAAGACUGAAUCUGCAAUAGGUAAGCAGCUUGGUUUGAAGAAAUCAACUGUGGGAGCAAUUAUUAGGAAAUAGAAGACAUACAAGACCACUGAUAAUCUCCCUCGAUCUGGGGCUCCACGCAAGAUCUCACCCCGUGGGGUCAAAAUGAUCACAAGAACGGUGAGCAAAAAUCCCAGAACCACACGGGGGGACCUAGUGAAUGACCUGCAGAGAGCUGGGACCAAAGUAACAAAGCCUACCAUCAGUAACACACUACGCCGCCAGGGACUCAAAUCCUGCAGUGCCAGACGUGUCCCCCUGCUUAAGCCAGUACAUGUCCAGGCCCAUCUGAAGUUUGCUAGAGUGCAUUUGGAUGAUCCAGAAGAGGAUUGGGAGAAUGUCAUAUGGUCAGAUGAAACCAAAAUAGUAAAAACUCAACUCGUCGUGUUUGGAGGACAAAGAAUGCUGAGUUGCAUCCAAAGAACACCAUACCUACUGUGAAGCAUGGGGGUGGAAACAUCAUGCUUUGGGGCUGUUUUUCUGCAAAGGGACCAGGACGACUGAUCUGUGUAAAGGAAAGAAUGAAUGGGGCCAUGUAUCGUGAGAUUUUGAGUGAAAACCUCCUUCCAUCAGCAAGGGCAUUGAAGAUGAAACGUGGCUGGGUCUUUCAGCAUGACAAUGAUCCCAAACACACCGCCCGGGCAACGAAGGAGUGGCUUCGUAAGAAGCAUUUCAAGGUCCUGGAGUGGCCUAGCCAGUCUCCAGAUCUCAACCCCAUAGAAAAUCUUUGGAGGGAGUUGAAAGUCUGUGUUGCCCAGCGACAGCCCCAAAACAUCACUGCUCUAGAGGAGAUCUGCAUGGAGGAAUGGGCCAAAAUACCAGCAACAGUGUGUGAAAACCUUGUGAAGACUUACAGAAAACGUUUGACCUGUGUCAUUGCCAACAAAGAGUAUAUAACAAAGUAUUGAGAAACUUUUGUUAUUGACCAAAUACUUAUUUUCCACCAUAAUUUGCAAAUAAAUUCAUUAAAAAUCCUACAAUGUGAUUUUCUGGAUUUUUCUUUCUCAAUUUGUCUGUCAUAGUUGACGUGUACCUAUGAUGAAAAUUACAGGCCUCUCUCAUCUUUUUAAGUGGGAGAACUUGCACAAUUGGUGGCUGACUAAAUACUUUUUUUCCCCACUGUAAAUAAUCUGUUGUAAGAAAUACGGUGGGUACUCUCUCCAGCAAUGCUGACACCAGUUCAAUGCUGUUAAAUCUAUGAGAGGAAGAGGGAAGUGCACACUUUGGGGGACAGGCAAAGGGAGUAUGAAUACAGCAACUGAGAUGAAUAAGAGCACUUGGCUUGACUUCCUGGUUGUGCAGAUUUAGGUCAUGGAAAUGUUUAGCCCUAAGUAAGGAUCAUUAACAAAUUGUUAUUUCUAUAGAGGCGGGGACCUAAAUGGACUAACAUGGCGGGUUUGGCCUGUUACUCUGGACAACAUCCCUCCAUUGUUUUCAUGAUGCCUCUGUCAUUGUGAUAGUCUGCUCAAAUCUCAUAUUGUUUUAUGUGCUUCCUCAGUGACAAACUCUUCCCUGCCUUUGGAUUUGGAGCUCAAGUGCCCCCAGACUUCAAGGUUAGAUAAAAUAAAAUAAAAGGGGUAAAUAUUUCAGGAAAACAAGUUUUGUAAGUUAGUAAAUCGGUGUGUUAUUAACCCUGCAGGUAUCCCAUGAAUUUGCACUGAACUUCAACCCAAGUAAUCCUUACUGUCAAGGUAAAUAUUUGUGUGUGUGUUAAUAUAAUCCAUGUCCAUCAGCAUGACUAUUGCAUCAUGUGUAUUGAUCUAACCUGUUUAGAUAAAAUAAAAAAAUGAAACCAUACUCUGCCUGUUGUUGGCCUAGAUGCAUAAUGAUUUAUUCAUGAAUUUAUUUGCCAUUUGAAAUGUUUUACAUAUAAACCUACAGCUGCCAUACUCAAUACGGUAAAAUAUGGACCAUACUCGAUACGGACCGAACAACACCAAAUGUCUACUGAAUGCGCUGAUUAGUUCUUAGAACCGUGGUUAUGUGAGUAACCUCCAAUAUCCACUAUUAGUCUGUUUCCCUCUAUGACACUCACAAGCUGUGCAGGACUCGUUAGAAGGGAGUGUGACGCAUCCAGAGAAUGACUGGGGAACAUGAAUUGAUUCUCCACAGAAGAUAAUACACAAAGAUUAUUUUAUGAUCAUCCCUGAUGUUUUCCUGAACUUUCCAAUACCUUUCUAAUGCAUUUCAAUCACUUCAAAGCAUAUUGACUAACACUGACAAAGGGAUAGUUCAUCCAAAAUGUUUGGGCCAAAUUCCUCUUACCUUGAGUUGUCUGUAGGCCAGUAGUGACAGCAUCCACAAUUAGUUGUUUACUUUUGCCACAGCCAUAAUGAGUUAGUAUUAUUAGCAUCGUCCAAAAAUGAAUGUAAUCCAUGGUACCGAUGUUGGCAAAGCUGCAUUGCAAGCCGAAACUUCCUCAAAAACACUUCAAACUAUGUUUGGUAGCGUUGAUACUCGAGAAGAACCUGUUCAUAUUAUUUUCCCUAUGGGAAUGUAGUUAUUUUUGCAGUAAUAUCUGAAUAUUCCAAUGGUCUGAUAGUUCAGUCAAGCCAGCUGUGAGUUUGUUCACAGCUGGUAGUCAAUCCAUGUUUGAGUGCCCAAUGGAAGACUCAAAUUACAAUGCAAUACAACUUAAUUUUCUAUGUUAAAGCAAACAACAGAAACAUAUGUGGCUGUGAGACUACAGGAGAAAAUGGGUUGUUUUGAGUAACAAAAUUCCAGCAAUUAUUUCAUCAGUAUGCACGUAAACAAAUCCCUGCAAACUCCACCAACUACUGAAUUUAGUUUGAAGUGUUUUUUAGGUAGUUUCUCCUUGCAAUGCAGCUUUGCUAACAUCGAUACCAUGGAUUAUUCAUUUUUGUGGGCGAUGCUAAUCAUGCUAGCUCCUGGCUGUGGCAAAACCGAUUAUUGUGGAUGCUGUCACUACUGUCCUACACACAACUCAAGGUAAGAGGAAUUUGACCCAAACAUACAUUUUGGAUGAACUAUCCCUUAAAGUCCUUGUUCAUUGAAGGCCAUUGGUUCAGUGUACCUUUUUCAUACAGAUAACUAUGCAACCACUUUUGUUCUUCAGCAAUGUCACAACUUUACACUUUUUCUUCAUAUUUUCAAUAAAGUUUAAUAAUGAAUGUGUUGUACUGAAAUAGCAGUAGCCUACUGUACACAUUCCUGCACUGUAUGGCACAUUUUCACAAUCAAAAUCACCUUUUAGUAAUUCAUUGAACUAUGUAAUUAGUCUCAUUUGAUGUAUUUACCAGUAUUCCUCAAAACAUUUUAUGCAAAAACAGUUGUAGAUUUUGUUACUAUGCCGAUAAAUUACAAUAUACAUCCGGACUGUUGCCACCUAGGAAAUGUGUGUGAUUGAACCUUCUCAGAUAAUGAGUAUCACUGACCUACAGUAUACACACCAGUUUUAGCUCAAACUAAUGUUUUGAUAUGUUGCAGGGGUACAGGGGAUUGUGGAGGCCUACCGCAUGGCCCUACCUCAGGUGAAGCUCUACGGUCCCACCAACUUCUCCCCCAUCAUCAACCACGUGGCAAGCAUUGCGUCAGGGGCGGCACAGCAGAACAACGCAUCGGUGAGUCUAGACCACAUGCAACACCUCUUCCCCUUCCUUCCUCUCAUUAAAGGAUAUCUUCUCUUUUUCAGCUUAACCUGAAAAUAGUCUAAAACACAUGUAAUACAUGGGACUUAUAUCGCGCUUUUCAAGGACCCAAAGUCAAAACAACAUGAGACUAAACAUAAAUGUGAAUAAAGAGAGGAGUGGGCUCAAUGAAGGGAAAGCAUGUGAUGUAUCAGUGUAUGGGGAGGGUAGGGUUGGGGUUCGGAUACGAACCCGGUUUAGGUUACCGGGAGGGAGUUCUAGGAGCAACCCUGGAGAAGGCCUUGUCGCCGAAGCUCUGGAGCUUCGACCUGAGGAUGAGAAGGUGGCCUGUUGUGGUGGAACGGAGUGCCCGUGUGGGUUGGGAGGGGAGAAAGUCUGAGAGGUGGGUGGAGGUGGGUAAAGUGGUGAAGGGCUUUGUAUGUCAGAAGGAGGAUCCUCAGAACUCCCACCCUCAUCAGACUGUGAGGCUGCUAGAGACUCCGGCCCAUUCAUCAUCCACGAUGGAUACUACAGCUGGCUCCGGUUCAUUGGGCCCUAAGAUCCUCGAGGUGAAAGAACGGCCGGAUCUCCUCAGCCAUUGCACCAGCUCUUGUCAUUGGCAGUUAUAUUGUAAGAAACAUCUUGGUUCCUGGGGCAAAAACCCAAAAACCAUGUGCUAUACUGGAGCACGAGUACAGGACAUUACAAGGCUGCUUCCGACCAUUCUACGACAGAUGCCGAGAGCUGACGCUGUCGUAGUCCAUGUGGGGUCAAACGACUUCAGGAAGGCUAGCUCGGAACUUCUGAAAAUUGAUUUUAAAGAUCAGAUUUUAGCACUGAAAUAUUCCAAAAAGCAGCCAAAUAUUUCAGGUCCGGUACCAUCGUUGGGCCGCGAGUGUGAAGGAUUCAACAGGCUACUGGCAUUACACACCUGGCUAAAAGAUUACUGUACUCUGUUGAAAUCACUUUUAUAGAUAACUUUGACACCUUCUGGAAACAGAAGAUGCUCUACAGGAAUACAGAGUCAAUCCAAAUCAUCUUGGCUCCUGGACUCAGUCCACGCAUUUCGCGGCUGCAUUGAGACAAUGACUUAAAAAUGACCAGCUCAGUUAAGCAAUAAAAAUCCCAGGAAAGUGCUAAAAAUAGCCCACAUUAACAUACACUACCAGUCAAAAGUUUGGACACACCUACUCAUUAAAGGGUUUUUCUUUAUUUUUACUAUUUUUUACAUUGUAGAAUAGUAGUGAAGACAUCAAAACUAUGAAAUAACACAUAUGAAAUCAUGUAGUAAAUAAAAGUGUUGAACAAAUCAACAAAUAUUUUAUAUUUGAGAUUCUUCAAAUAGCCACCCUUUGCCUUGAUGACAGCUUUGCACACUCUUGGCAUUCCUUCAACCAGCUUCCGCUGGAAUGCUUUUCCAACAUUCUUGGAGUUCCCACAUAUGCUGAGCACUUGUUGGCUGCUUUUCCUUCACUCUGCGGUCCGACUCAUCCCAAACCAUCUCAAUUUGGUUGAGGCCAGGUCAACUGAUGCAGCACUCCAUCACUCUCCUUCUUGGUAAAAUAGCCCUUACACAGCCUGGAGGUGUGUUGGGUCAUUGUCCUGUUGAAAAACAAAUCAUAGUCCCAAUAUGCCCAAACCUGAUGGGAUGGCGUAUCGAUGUAGAAUGCUGUGGUAGCCAUGCUGGUUAAGUGUGCCUUGAAUUGUAAAUAAAUCUCAGACCGUGUCACCAGCAAAGCACCAUAACACCACCACCUCCAUGCUUUACGGUGGGAAAUACACAUGCAGAGAUCAUCCGUUCAUCCACACCGUGUCUCACAAAGACACAGCGGUUGGAACCAAAUAUCUCAAAUUUAGACUCCAGACCAAAGGACACAUUUCCACUGGUCUAAUGUCCAUUGCUCGUGUUUCUUGGCCCAGCAGGUCUCUUCUUAUUAUUGGUGUCCUUUAGUAGUAGUUUAUUUGCAGAAAUUCGACCAUGAAGGCCUGAUUCACACAGUCCCUUCUGAACAGUUGAUGUUGAGAUGUCUGUUACUUGAACUCUAUGAAACAUUUAUUUGGGCUGCAAUUUCAGAGGCUGGUAACUCUAAUGAACUUAUCCCCUGCAGCAGAGGUAACUGUCUUUUAGACCACUAAGCUAUAGACUACUAAGUCAGUAUCAGGAUAAUAUGUGUGAAAUGCUUGAUUAUUUACAGUGGGGAGAACAAGUAUUUGAUACACUGCCGAUUUUGCAGGUUUUCCUACUUACAAAGCAUGUAGAGGUCUGUAAUUUUUAUCAUAGGUACACUUCAACUGUGAGAGACGGAAUCUAAAACAAAAAUCCAGAAAAUCACAUUGUAUGAUUUUUAAGUAAUUCAUUUGCAUUUUAUUGCAUGACAUAAGUAUUUGAUCACCUACCAACCAGUAAGAAUUCCGGCUCUCACAGACCUGUUAGUUUUUCUUUAAGAAGCCCUCCUGUUCUCCACUCAUUACCUGUAUUAACUGCACCUGUUUGAACUUGUUACCUGUAUAAAAGACACCUGUCCACACACUAAAUCAAACAGACUCCAACCUCUCCACAAUGGCCAAGACCAGAGAGCUGUGUAAGGAUAUCAGGGAUAAAAUUGUAGACCUGCACAAGGCUGGGAUGGGCUACAGGACAAUUUUUUAUUAUUUUUUAUUUCACCUUUAUUUAACCAGGUAAGCCAGUUGAGAACAAGUUUCUCAUUUACAACUGCGACCUGGCCAAGAUAAAGCAAAGCAGUGCGAUAAAAACAACAACACAGAGUUACAUAUGGGGUAAAAAAAACAAAGUCAAAAAUACAACAGAAAAUAUAUACAGUGGGGGAAAAAAAGUAUUUAGUCAGCCACCAAUUGUGCAAGUUCUCCCACUUAAAAAGAUGAGAGAGACCUGUAAUUUUCAUCAUAGGUACACGUCAACUAUGACAGACAAAAUGAGAAAAGAAAAUCCAGAAAUUCACAUUUGCAAAUUAUGGUGGAAAAUAAGUAUUUGGUCAAUAACAAAAGUUUCUCAAUACUUUGUUAUAUACCCUUUGUUGGCAAUGACACAGGUCAAACGUUUUCUGUAAGUCUUCACAAGGUUUUCACACACUGUUGCUGGUAUUUUGGCCCAUUCCUCCAUGCAGAUCUCCUCUAGAGCAGUGAUGUUUUGGGGCUGUCGCUUGGCAACACGGACUUUCAACUCCCUCCAAAGAUUUUCUAUGGGGUUGAGAUCUGGAGACUGGCUAGGCCACUCCAGGACCUUGAAAUGCUUCUUACGAAGCCACUCCUUCGUUGCCCGGGCGGUGUGUUUGGGAUCAUUGUCAUGCUGAAAGACCCAGCCACGUUUCAUCUUCAAUGCCCUUGCUGAUAGAAGGAGGUUUUCACUCAAAAUCUCACGAUACAUGGCCCCAUUCAUUCUUUCCUUUACACGGAUCAGUCGUCCUGGUCCCCUUUGCAGAAAAACAGCCCAAAGCAUGAUGUUUCCACCCCCAUGCUUCACAGUAGGUAUGGUGUUCUUUGGAUGCAACUCAGCAUUCUUUGUCCUCCAAACACGACGAGUUGAGUUUUUAACCAAAAAGUUAUAUUUUGGUUUCAUCUGACCAUAUGACAUUCUCCCAAUCCUCUUCUGGAUCAUCCAAAUACACUCUAGCAAACUACAGACGGGUCUGGACAUGUACUGGCUUAAGCAGGGGGACACGUCUGGCACUGCAGGAUUUGAGUCCCUGGCGGCGUAGUGUGUUACUCAUGGUAGGCUUUGUUACUUUGGUCCCAGCUCUCUGCAGGUCAUUCACUAGGUCCCCCCGUUUGGUUCUGGGAUUUUUGCUCACCGUUCUUGUGAUCAUUUUGACCCCACGGGGUGAGAUCUUGCGUGGAGCCCCAGAUCGAGGGAGAUUAUCAGUGGUCUUGUAUGUCUUCCAUUUCCUAAUAAAUGCUCCCACAGUUGAUUUCUUCAAACCAAGCUGCUUACCUAUUGCAGAUUUAGUCUUCCCAGCCUGGUGCAGGUCUACAAUUUUGUUUCUGGUGUCCUUUGACAGCUCUUUGGUCUUGGCCAUAGUGGAGUUUGGAGUGUGACUGUUUGAGGUUGUGGACAGGUGUCUUUUAUACUGAUAACAAGUUCAAACAGGUGCCAUUAAUACAGGUAACGAGUGGAGGACAGAGGAGGCUGUUAAAGAAGAAGUUACAGGUCUGUGAGGGCAGAAAUUUUUUUCCCAAACACCUUUAGUAAUCAUGAACUAUGUAAUUAGUCUCAUUGUGUAUUUACCAGUAUCCUCAAAAAAUUUUAUGCAAAAACAGUUGUAGAUUUUGUUACUAUGCCGAUAAAGUACAAUAUACAUCGGACUGUGCCACCUAGGAAAUGUGUGUGAUGAACUUCUCAGAUAAUGAGUAUCACGACACAGUAUACACACCAGUUUUAGCUCAAACUAAUGUUUUGAUAUGUGCAGGGGUACAGGGGAUGUGGAGGCCUACCGAUGGCCCUACCUCAGGUGUGAAGCUCUACGGUCUCCACCAACUUCUCCCCAUCAUCAACCACGUGGCAAGCAUUGCGUCAGGGGCGGCACAGCAGAACAACGCAUCGGUGAGUCUAGACCACAUGCAAAACCUCUUCCCUUCCUUCCUCUCAUUAAAGGAUAUCUUCUCUUUUUCAGCUUAACCUGAAAAUAGUCUAAAACACAUGUAAUACAUGGGACUUAUAUCGCGCUUUUCAAGGACCCAAAGUCAAAACAACAUGAGACUAACCAUAAAUGUGAAUAAAGAGAGGAGUGGGCUCAAUGAAGGGAAAGCAGUGAUGUAUCAGUGUAUGGGAGGGUAGGGUUGGGGUUCGGAUACGAACCCGGUUUUAGGUUACCCGGGAGGGAGUUCUAGGAGCAACCCCUGGAGAAGGCCUUGUCGCCGAAGGCUCUGGAGCUUCGACCUGAGGAUGAGAAGGUGGCCUGUUGUGGUGGAACGGAGUGCCCGUGUGGGUUGGGAGGGGAGAAAAGUCUGAGAGGUGGGUGGAGGUGGGUAAAGUGGUGAAGGGCUUUGUAUGUCAGAAGGAGGAUCCUCAGAACUCCCACCCUCAUCAGACUGUGAGGCUUGCUAGAGACUUCCGGCCCAUUCAUCAUCCACGAUGGAUACUACAGCUGGCUCCGGUUCAUUGGGCCCUAAGAUCCUCGAGGUGAAAGAAACGGCCGGAUCUCCUCAGCCAUUGCACCAGCUCUUGUCAUUGGGCAGUUAUAUUGUAAGAAACAUCUUGGUUCCUGGGGCAAAAACCCAAAAACCAUGUGCUAUACUGGAGCACGAGUACAGGACAUUACAAGGCUGCUUCCGACCAUUCUACGACAGAUGCCGAGAGCUGACGCUGUCGUAGUCCAUGUGGGGUCAAACGACUUCAGGAAGGCUAGCUCGGAACUUCUGAAAAUUGAUUUUAAAGAUCAGAUUUUAGCACUGAAAUAUUCCAAAAAGCAGCCAAAUAUUUCAGGUCCCGGGUACCAUCGUUGGGCCGCGAGUGUGAAGGAUUCAACAGGCUACUGGCAUUACACACCUGGCUAAAAGAUUACUGUACUCUGUUGAAAUCACUUUUAUAGAUAACUUGACACCUUCUGGAAACAGAAGAUGCUCUACAGGAAUACCAGAGUCAAUCCAAAUCAUCUUGGCUCCUGGACUCAGUCCCACGCAUUUCGCGGCUGCAUUGAGACAAUGACUUAAAAAUGACCAGCUCAGUUAAGCAAUAAAAAUCCCAGGAAAGUGCUAAAAAUAGCCCACAUUAACAUACACUACCAGUCAAAAGUUUGGACACACCUACUCAUUAAAGGGUUUUUUCUUUAUUUUUACUAUUUUUUACAUUGUAGAAUAGUAGUGAAGACAUCAAAACUAUGAAAUAACACAUAUGAAAUCAUGUAGUAAAUAAAAGUGUUGAACAAAUCAACAAAUAUUUUAUAUUUGAGAUUUCUUCAAAUAGCCACCCUUUGCCUUGAUGACAGCUUUGCACACUCUUGGCAUUCCUUCAACCAGCUUCCGCUGGAAUGCUUUUCCAACAUUCUUGGAGUUCCCACAUAUGCUGAGCACUUGUUGGCUGCUUUUCCUUCACUCUGCGGUCCGACUCAUCCCAAACCAUCUCAAUUUGGUUGAGGCCAGGUCAACUGAUGCAGCACUCCAUCACUCUCCUUCUUGGUAAAAUAGCCCUUACACAGCCUGGAGGUGUGUUGGGUCAUUGUCCUGUUGAAAAAACAAAUCAUAGUCCCAAUAUGCCCAAACCUGAUGGGAUGGCGUAUCGAUGUAGAAUGCUGUGGUAGCCAUGCUGGUUAAGUGUGCCUUGAAUUGUAAAUAAAUCUCAGACCGUGUCACCAGCAAAGCACCAUAACACCACCACCUCCAUGCUUUACGGUGGGAAAUACACAUGCAGAGAUCAUCCGUUCAUCCCACACCGUGUCUCACAAAGACACAGCGGUUGGAACCAAAUAUCUCAAAUUUAGACUCCAGACCAAAGGACACAUUUCCACUGGUCUAAUGUCCAUUGCUCGUGUUUCUUGGCCCAGCAGGUCUCUUCUUAUUAUUGGUGUCCUUUAGUAGUAGUUUAUUUGCAGAAAUUCGACCAUGAAGGCCUGAUUCACACAGUCCCUUCUGAACAGUUGAUGUUGAGAUGUCUGUUACUUGAAACUCUAUGAAACAUUUAUUUGGGCUGCAAUUUCAGAGGCUGGUAACUCUAAUGAACUUAUCCCCUGCAGCAGAGGUAACUGUCUUUUAGACCACUAAGCUAUAGACUACUAAGUCAGUAUCAGGAUAAUAUGUGUGAAAUGCUUGAUUAUUUACAGUGGGGAGAACAAGUAUUUGAUACACUGCCGAUUUUGCAGGUUUUCCUACUUACAAAGCAUGUAGAGGUCUGUAAUUUUUAUCAUAGGUACACUUCAACUGUGAGAGACGGAAUCUAAAACAAAAAUCCAGAAAAUCACAUUGUAUGAUUUUUAAGUAAUUCAUUUGCAUUUUAUUGCAUGACAUAAGUAUUUGAUCACCUACCAACCAGUAAGAAUUCCGGCUCUCACAGACCUGUUAGUUUUUCUUUAAGAAGCCCUCCUGUUCUCCACUCAUUACCUGUAUUAACUGCACCUGUUUGAACUUGUUACCUGUAUAAAAGACACCUGUCCACACACUAAAUCAAACAGACUCCAACCUCUCCACAAUGGCCAAGACCAGAGAGCUGUGUAAGGACAUCAGGGAUAAAAUUGUAGACCUGCACAAGGCUGGGAUGGGCUACAGGACAAUUUUUUAUUAUUUUUUAUUUCACCUUUAUUUAACCAGGUAAGCCAGUUGAGAACAAGUUCUCAUUUACAACUGCGACCUGGCCAAGAUAAAGCAAAGCAGUGCGAUAAAAACAACAACACAGAGUUACAUAUGGGGUAAAAAAAACAAAGUCAAAAAUACAACAGAAAAUAUAUACAGUGGGGGAAAAAAAGUAUUUAGUCAGCCACCAAUUGUGCAAGUUCUCCCACUUAAAAAGAUGAGAGAGACCUGUAAUUUUCAUCAUAGGUACACGUCAACUAUGACAGACAAAAUGAGAAAAGAAAAUCCAGAAAUUCACAUUUGCAAAUUAUGGUGGAAAAUAAGUAUUUGGUCAAUAACAAAAGUUUCUCAAUACUUUGUUAUAUACCCUUUGUUGGCAAUGACACAGGUCAAACGUUUUCUGUAAGUCUUCACAAGGUUUUCACACACUGUUGCUGGUAUUUUGGCCCAUUCCUCCAUGCAGAUCUCCUCUAGAGCAGUGAUGUUUUGGGGCUGUCGCUUGGCAACACGGACUUUCAACUCCCUCCAAAGAUUUUCUAUGGGGUUGAGAUCUGGAGACUGGCUAGGCCACUCCAGGACCUUGAAAUGCUUCUUACGAAGCCACUCCUUCGUUGCCCGGGCGGUGUGUUUGGGAUCAUUGUCAUGCUGAAAGACCCAGCCACGUUUCAUCUUCAAUGCCCUUGCUGAUAGAAGGAGGUUUUCACUCAAAAUCUCACGAUACAUGGCCCCAUUCAUUCUUUCCUUUACACGGAUCAGUCGUCCUGGUCCCUUUGCAGAAAAACAGCCCAAAGCAUGAUGUUUCCACCCCCAUGCUUCACAGUAGGUAUGGUGUUCUUUGGAUGCAACUCAGCAUUCUUUGUCCUCCAAACACGACGAGUUGAGUUUUUACCAAAAAGUUAUAUUUUGGUUUCAUCUGACCAUAUGACAUUCUCCCAAUCCUCUUCUGGAUCAUCCAAAUGCACUCUAGCAAACUACAGACGGGUCUGGACAUGUACUGGCUUAAGCAGGGGGACACGUCUGGCACUGCAGGAUUUGAGUCCCUGGCGGCGUAGUGUGUUACUCAUGGUAGGCUUUGUUACUUUGGUCCCAGCUCUCUGCAGGUCAUUCACUAGGUCCCCCCGUUUGGUUCUGGGAUUUUUGCUCACCGUUCUUGUGAUCAUUUUGACCCCACGGGGUGAGAUCUUGCGUGGAGCCCCAGAUCGAGGGAGAUUAUCAGUGGUCUUGUAUGUCUUCCAUUUCCUAAUAAAUGCUCCCACAGUUGAUUUCUUCAAACCAAGCUGCUUACCUAUUGCAGAUUUAGUCUUCCCAGCCUGGUGCAGGUCUACAAUUUUGUUUCUGGUGUCCUUUGACAGCUCUUUGGUCUUGGCCAUAGUGGAGUUUGGAGUGUGACUGUUUGAGGUUGUGGACAGGUGUCUUUUAUACUGAUAACAAGUUCAAACAGGUGCCAUUAAUACAGGUAACGAGUGGAGGACAGAGGAGGCUGUUAAAGAAGAAGUUACAGGUCUGUGAGAGGCAGAAAUCUUCCUUGUUUGUAGGUGACCAAAUACUUAUUUUCCACCAUAAUUUGCAAAUAAAUUCAUUAAAAAUCCUAGAAUGUGAUUUUCUGGAAAAAAAAUUCUCAAUUUGUCUGUCAUAGUUGACGUGUACCUAUGAUGAAAAUUACAGGCCUCAUCUUUUUAAGUGGGAGAACUUGCAUAAUUGGUGGCUGACUAAAUACUUUUUUCCCCCACUGUAUACAGUGUGUGCAAAUGUAGCAAGUUAUGGAGGUAAGGCAAUAAAUAGGCUAUAGUGCAAAAUAAUUACAAUAGUAUUAACACUGGAAUGCUAGAUGUGCAAGAGAUUAUGUGCAAAUAGAGAUACUGGGGUGCAAAAGAGCAAAAUAAAUAACAAUAUAGGGAUGAGGUAGUUGGGUGGGCUAAUUUCAGAUGGGCUGUGUACAGGUGCAGUGAUCGGUAAGGUGCUCUGACAACUGAUGCUUAAAGUUAGUGAGGGAGAUAAGAGUCUCCAGCUUCAGAGAUUUUUGCAAUUCGUUCCAGUCAUUGGCAGCAGAGAACUGGAAGGAAUGGCGGCCAAAGGAGGUGUUGGCUUUGGGAAUGACCAGUGAGAUAUACCUGCUGGAGCGCAGACUAUGGGUGGGUGCUGCUAUGGUGACCAAUGAGCUAAGAUAAGGCGGGGAUUUGCCUAGCAGUGAUUUAUAGAUGGCCUGGAGCCAGUGGGUUUGACGACGAACAUGUAGUGAGGACCAGCCAACAAGAGCGUACAGGUCACAGUGGUGGGUAGUGUAUGGGGCUUUGGAGACAAAACGGAUGGCACUGUGAUAGACUACAUCCAAUUUGCUGAGUAGAGUGUUGGAGGCUAUUUUGUAAAUGACAUCGCCGAAGUCAAGGAUCGGUAGGAUAGUCAGUUUUACGAGGGCAUGUUUGGCAGCAUGAGUGAAGGAGGCUUUGUUGCGAAAUAGGAAGCCGAUUCUAGAUUUAACUUUGGAUUGGAGAUUCUUUAUGUGAGUCUGGAAGUUGAGUUUACAGUCUAACCAGACACCUAGAUAUUUGUAGUUGUCCACAUACUCUAGGUCAGACCCGUCGAGAGUGGUGAUUCUAGUCGGGUGGGCGGGUGCCAGCAGCGUUCGAUUGAAAAGCAUGCAUUUAGUUUUACUAGUGUUUAAGAGCAGUUGGAGGCUACUGAAGGAGUGUUGUAUGGCAUUGAAGCUCGUUUGGAGGUUUGUUAACACAGUGUCCAAUGAAGGGCCAGAUGUAUACAAAAUGGUGUCGUCUGCGUAGAGGUGGAUCUGAGAGUCACCAGCAGCAAGAGCGACAUCAUUGAUAUACACGGAGAAAAGUGUCGGCCCAAGAAUUGAACCCUGUGGCACCCCCAUAGAGACUGCCAUAGGUCCAGACAACAGGCCCUCCGAUUUGACACACUGAACUCUAUCUGAGAAGUAGUUGGUGAACCAGGCGAGGCAGUCAUUUGAGAAACCAAGGCUAUUUAGUCUGCCAAUAAGAAUGCGGUGGUUGACAGUCGAAAGCCUUGGCCAGGUCGAUGAAGACGGCUGCACAGUACUGUCUAUUAUCAAUCGCGGUUAUAAUAUCGUUUAGGACCUCGAGUGUGGCUGAAGUGCACCCAUGACCAGCUCGGAAACCGGAUUGCAUAGCGGAGAAGGUACGGUGGUAUUUCGAAAUGGUCGGUGAUCUGUUUGUUAACUUGGCUUUCAAAUACUUUCGAAAGGCAGGGCAGUAUGGAUAUAGGUCUGUAGCAGUUUGGAUCUAGAGUGUCACCCCCUUUGAAGAGGGGGAUGACCGCGGCAGCUUUCCAAUCUCUGGGGAUCUCAGACGUUAUGAAAGAGAGGUUGAACAGACUAGUAAUAGGGGUUGCGACAAUUUCGGCGGCUAGUUUUAGAAAGAAAGGGUCCAGAUUGUCUAGCCCAGCUGAUUUGUAGGGGUCCAGAUUUUGCAGCUCUUUCAAAACGUCAGCUGUCUGAAUUUGUGUGAAGGAGAAGCGGGGGGGGCAUGGGCAAGUUGCAGCGGAGGGUGCAGAGUUGGUGGCCGGGGUAGUGGUAGCCAGAUGGAAAGCAUGGCCAGCUGUAGCAAAAUGCUUGUUGAAAUUCUCGAUUAUUGUAGAUUUAUCGGUGGUGAUAAUGUUUCCUAGCCUCAGUGCAGUGGGCAACUUGGAGGAAGUGCUCUUAUUCUCCAUGGACUUUAGUGUCCCAAAACUUUUUGGAGUUAGUGCUACAGGAUUCACAUUUCUGUUUGAAAAAGUUAGCCUUUGCUUUCCUGACUGCUUGUGUAUAUUGAUUCCUAACUUCCCUGAAAAGUUGCAUAUCGCGGGGGCUAUUUGAUGCUAAUGCAGUACGCCACAGGAUGUUUUUGUGCUGGUCAAGGGCAGUCAAGUCUGAGGAGAACCAGGGGCUAUAUCGGUUCUUAGUUCUGUAUUUUUUGAAUGGGGCAUGUUUAUUUAAGAUUGAGAGGAAAUUACUUUUAAGGAACAACCAGACAUCCUCUACUGACGGAAUGAGAUCUAUAUCCAUCCAGGAUACCUGGGCCAGGUCAAUUAGGAAGGCCUACUCGCUAAAGUGUUUUAGGGAGAGUUUGACAGUGAUAAGGGGUGGUCGUUUGACCGCGGACCCGUUACGGACGCAGGCAAUAAGGCAGUGAUCGCUGAGAUCCUGGUUGAAGACAGCUGAGGUGUAUUUAGAGGGUGUGUUAGUCAGGAUGAUAUCUAUGAGGGUACCCAUGUUUACGGAUUUAGGGUUGUACCUGGUAGGUUCGUUGAUAAUUUGCAUGAGGUUGAGGGCAUCUAGUUUGGAUUGUAGGAUGGCCGGGGUAUUAAGCAUAUCCCAAUUUAGGUCACCAAGCAGUACGAACUCUGAGGAUAAAUGGGGGGCAAUCAAUUCACAUAUGGUGUCCAGGGCACAGCUGGGGGCUGAGGGGGGUCUGUAGCAAGCGGCAACAGUGAGAGACUUAUUUCUGGAAAGGUGGAUUUUUAGAAGUAGAAGCUCAAACUGUUUGGGCACAGACCUGGAUAGUAUGAUAGAGCUCUGCAGGCUAUCUCUACAGUAGAUUGCAACUCCACCCCCUUUGGCAGUUCUAUCUAGACGGAAAAUGUUAUAGUUGGGGAUGGAAAUUUCAGAAUUUUUGGUGGCCUUCCUGAGCCAGGAUUCAGACACUGCUAGAACAUCAGGGUUGGCGGAGUGUGCUAACGCAGUGAAUAACUCAAACUUAGGAAGUAGACUUCUGAUAUUUACGUGCAAGAAACCAAGACUUUUGCGAUUACAGAAGUCAGCAAAUGAUAGCGCCUGGGGAGUAGGAGUGAUACUGAGGGCUGCAGGGCCUGGGUUAGCCUCUACAUCACCAGAGGAACAGAGGAGGACUAGAAUAAGGAUACGGCUAAAGGCUUUAAGAACUGGUCUUCUAGUGCGUUGGGUACAUAGAAUAAAGCGGGCAGAUUUCCGGGUGUUGUAGAAAAGAUUCAGGGCAUUAUGUACAGACAAGGAUAUGAGUAAAGUGGAGGUAAACCUAAGCGUUGGGUAACAAUGAAAGAGAUAGUAUCACUAGAGGCACCAAUUGAGUCGGUCUCCGCGUGUAUGGGGGGUGGGACAAAUGAGCUAUCUAAGGCAGGUUUAGCUGGGCUGGGGGAUCUACAGUGAAAUAGUACAAUUAGAAAUAACCGAAAGAACAAUAAGCUAACCAUGUUUGGGCUGAGGCUAAACAUAAACAGGAUGUAGUACCGUAAAAAGGAACAGUCCAGCAGACAUCAGCUGUAUAGCUGAGUUAUCAUAAGGUCCGGUGAACAGCAGUAGGAUAGUUCGGAGGCUGCUAAAGCACUAGCGAGUAAGAGGCCACGGCUAGCUUGUGCUAGCGGGCCGGGCUAGCAGAUGGAAUUUUGGUGGUCGACGUCGUAACCACAUCAGACGAUUUCGCCGGCAGACCAGUCGUGUAGGAUCGGCGGGGCUCCGUGUCAACACUAGGUGGUCCCGUCCGGUUGACAGAGAGGUAGAUAGCCGGGAGAUGGGCCUAGCUCAGGAUGAUUAGCCAGACCACAGCGCUAUAUAGUUGCAGCUAGCUGGUAUCGAUGAAUCCGGAGUUAAAGGUCCAGUGAUUCAGUGAUUCCGGCAGAAAAACUGAUAUGUUCUGGGUCGAUAACGCGCUGUGCAGACUGGCCGAAUAUCCGGUGAUUAAUAUCCAGUGAUUAAAUUAAUCCCGCAGAAAAAAAAAAUCCAAUGUUCUGGGUGAAAUACCGCUAACUGUGGCUAAUAGCAAGUAGCUAGUUAGCUGGCUAGCUAGUUUCAACUGGAGAUUCUAGAUAAAAGGUAAGUCAAUAAUAGAAUCCGUUCCACAUUGAGUGAGUCGGGUUGCAGGAAAGUAUAUUUUGUAGAAGGAUGAAAAGUCUGAUAGGGAAAUAUGUACGAAAAAUACAACAAAAACAGGGUAUUUACAGGCUAUUUACAGACACACGACAAAAACAGAACUGCACUACUUCGCCAUCUUGCAUUUGACAAUAGGCAAGCAGCUUGGUGAGAAGGCAACAACUGUUGGCGAAAUUAUUAGAAAAUGGAAGAAGUUCAAGAUGACGGUCAAUCACCCUCGGUCUGGGGCUCCAUGCAAGAUCUCACCUCGUGGGGCAUCAAUGAUCAUGAGGAAGGUGAGGGAUCAGCCCAGAACUACACGGCAGGACCUGGUCAAUGACCUGAAGAGAGCUGGGACCACAGUCUCAAAGAAAACCAUUAGUAACACACUACGCCGUCAUGGAUUAAAAUCCUGCAGCGCACGCAAGGUCCCCCUGCUCAAGCCAGUGCAUGUCCAGGCCCGUCUGAAGUUUGCCAAUGACCAUCUGGAUGAUCCAGAGGAGGAAUGGAAGAAGGUCAUGUGGUCUGAUGAGACAAAAUAGAGCUUUUUGGUCUAAACUCCACUCGCCGUGUUUGGAGGAAGAAGAAGGAUGAGUACAACCCCAAGAACACCAUCCCAACCAUGAAGCAUGGAGGUGGAAACAUCAUUCUUUGGGGAUGCUUUUCUGCAAAGGGGACAGGACGACUGCACCGUAUUGAGGGGAGGAUGGAUGGGGCCAUGUAUCACGAGAUCUUGGCCAACAACCUCCUUCCCUCAGUAAGAGCAUUGAAGAUGGGGCGUGGCUGGGUCUUCCAGCAUGACAACGACCCGAAACACACAGCCAGGGCAACUAAGGAGUGGCUCCGUAAGAAGCAUCUCAAGGUCCUGGAGUGGCCUAGCCAGUCUCCAGACCUGAACCCAAUAGAAAAUCUUUGGAGGGAGCUGAAAGUCCGUAUUGCCCAGCGACAGCCCCGAAACCGGAAGGAUCUGGAGAAGGUCUGUAUGGAGGAGUGGGCCAAAAUCCCUGCUGCAGUGUGUGCAAACCUGGUCAAGACCUACAGGAAACGUAUGAUCUCUGUAAUUGCAAACAAAGGUUUCUGUACCAAAUAUUAAGUUCUGCUUUUCUGAUGUAUCAAAUACUUAUGUCAUGCAAUAAAAUGCAAAUUAAUUACUUAAAAAUCAUACAAUGUGAUUUUCAGGAUUUUUAGAUUCCGUCUCUCACAGUUGAAGUGUACCUAUGAUAAAAUUACAGACCUCUACAUGCUUUGUAAGUAGGAAAACCUGCAAAAUCGGCAGUGCAUCAAAUACUUGUUCUCCCCACUGUAUGUGAUAUCAACAGAGGUAUAUUUUCUGCGCAAUUUCAAUAUUGACUGGCUUUCAUCAAGCUGCCCACUCAAGAAAAAGCUUAAAACUGUAACCAGUGCCUGCAACCUGGUUCAGGUUAUCAGUCAACCUACCAGGGUAGUUACAAACAGCACAGGAAUGAAAUGUAUUGAUCACAUAUUUACUAAUGCUGCAGAAAUUUGCUUUAAAGCAGUAUCCAUAUCCAUCGGAUGUAGUGAUCAAAAUAUGUGACUCGUUUCAGGAAACUAGGCGUAUGUCGCACAUCACUACUUCACAGGAGAGCCAUUUGAACGUAAACAUGUGUUUUUUAUCAAUUCAUUUUUUGGCAGAAAUGCCUUCUGGAACAUGUGAACUUUCAUGUGCCUUAAUAAAAAGUGUAUUCCAUCCAUAAAUACGAAUAAAAUGGUUAAAUUACGAGCCUAGUUGGCUUAGCCACGGAAAAAGACAGGAACCUUCCUGCUAGCCAUGAUUGGUUGAGAUAAUGGAUGGGCUGGACAUGCAUGGAGAUGAGUUUGGAUUGGUCUGCUAUGUAAUGUGCUUCUGUCUAUAACGUGAGCUGUUCAGUAUGUGUUGACAGUCAUUUCUAUCGCGCUGUUUUUGAAAGAUAGAACGUUAGCCAUCGAGAACUACAAAAGUUUGCUUCUUUUCUCAACAACAUUGAUGCCCUGAAUUUAGCAGGCGCGAUCGACAGAUCAGUUGGAAAAAGUGAUGGGCUACUUUCUGCACAUGCCACGGUCAGUGUGAUCCGGAGUGACUUGACGCAACGCUGGCCAAACAAGAUGUAGCUACAAACAAAACGGAGUUAAAUGGUUUGAGUCUGCCAUGAAGCAUUCAUCCAUUUAUACGUGUAAGAGUCUAGCUACAUUUUCAGAUAGAAAUUUGUCAGAAAGUUGUUUUUAUUGCAAGUCAAAACGUACUGUUAGUAAUAGGCUGGGCCUAAUGUAGUGUGUAAAAGUAGAGACUCCGAGCUAGAAAAUUGAAUAUCAUACACUACAGUUGAGGAACAAUGGGAAAGUAAUUCUGCUUUGAAAGUUGAUAAACUUCUAACAAUUUUUGAGAAAAUGGCCUUUGAAUGUUUUGGUACACCUACUGGAGAGCUCUUCUUUGUAUUUGCCAAGGCAGCAGCUACUCUUCCUGGGGUCCAAACAUAUUAAAGCACUUACAUUACAAAUAAAACAAAAAAAGAUAAAACAGUACAUCAUAUAACAUGAGUGAGGACAGCCAACAAGAGCGUACAGGUCACAGUGGUGGGUAGUGUAUGGGGCUUUUGGAGACAAAACGGAUGGCACUGUGAUAGACUACAUCCAAUUUGCUGAGUAGAGUGUUGGAGGCUAUUUUGUAAAUGACAUCGCCGAAGUCAAGGAUCGGUAGGAUAGUCAGUUUUUACGAGGGCAUGUUUGGCAGCAUGAGUGAAGGAGGCUUUGUUGCGAAAUAGGAAGCCGAUUCUAGAUUUAACUUUGGAUUGGAGAUUCUUUAUGUGAGUCUGGAAGUUGAGUUUACAGUCUAACCAGACACCUAGAUAUUUGUAGUUGUCCACAUACUCUAGGUCAGGACCCGUCGAGAGUGGUGAUUCUAGUCGGGUGGGCGGGUGCCAGCAGCGUUCGAUUGAAAAGCAUGCAUUUAGUUUUACUAGUGUUUAAGAGCAGUUGGAGGCUACUGAAGGAGUGUUGUAUGGCAUUGAAGCUCGUUUGGAGGUUUUGUUAACACAGUGUCCAAUGAAGGGCCAGAUGUAUACAAAAUGGUGUCGUCUGCGUAGAGGUGGAUCUGAGAGUCACCAGCAGCAAGAGCGACAUCAUUGAUAUACACGGAGAAAAGUGUCGGCCCAAGAAUUGAACCCUGUGGCACCCCCAUAGAGACUGCCAUAGGUCCAGACAACAGGCCCUCCGAUUUGACACACUGAACUCUAUCUGAGAAGUAGUUGGUGAACCAGGCGAGGCAGUCAUUUGAGAAAACCAAGGCUAUUUAGUCUGCCAAUAAGAAUGCGGUGGUUGACAGUCGAAAGCCUUGGCCAGGUCGAUGAAGACGGCUGCACAGUACUGUCUAUUAUCAAUCGCGGUUAUAAUAUCGUUUAGGACCUCGAGUGUGGCUGAAGUGCACCCAUGACCAGCUCGGAAACCGGAUUGCAUAGCGGAGAAGGUACGGUGGUAUUUCGAAAUGGUCGGUGAUCUGUUUGUUAACUUGGCUUUCAAAUACUUUCGAAAGGCAGGGCAGUAUGGAUAUAGGUCUGUAGCAGUUUGGAUCUAGAGUGUCACCCCCUUUGAAGAGGGGGAUGACCGCGGCAGCUUUCCAAUCUCUGGGGAUCUCAGACGUUAUGAAAGAGAGGUUGAACAGACUAGUAAUAGGGGUUGCGACAAUUUCGGCGGCUAGUUUUAGAAAGAAAGGGUCCAGAUUGUCUAGCCCAGCUGAUUUGUAGGGGUCCAGAUUUUGCAGCUCUUUCAAAACGUCAGCUGUCUGAAUUUGUGUGAAGGAGAAGCGGGGGGGGGCAUGGGCAAGUUGCAGCGGAGGGUGCAGAGUUGGUGGCCGGGGUAGUGGUAGCCAGAUGGAAAGCAUGGCCAGCUGUAGCAAAAUGCUUGUUGAAAUUCUCGAUUAUUGUAGAUUUAUCGGUGGUGAUAAUGUUUCCUAGCCUCAGUGCAGUGGGCAACUUGGAGGAAGUGCUCUUAUUCUCCAUGGACUUUAGUGUCCCAAAACUUUUUGGAGUUAGUGCUACAGGAUUCACAUUUCUGUUUGAAAAAGUUAGCCUUUGCUUUCCUGACUGCUUGUGUAUAUUGAUUCCUAACUUCCCUGAAAAGUUGCAUAUCGCGGGGGCUAUUUGAUGCUAAUGCAGUACGCCACAGGAUGUUUUUGUGCUGGUCAAGGGCAGUCAAGUCUGAGGAGAACCAGGGGCUAUAUCGGUUCUUAGUUCUGUAUUUUUUGAAUGGGGCAUGUUUAUUUAAGAUUGAGAGGAAAUUACUUUUAAGGAACAACCAGACAUCCUCUACUGACGGAAUGAGAUCUAUAUCCAUCCAGGAUACCUGGGCCAGGUCAAUUAGGAAGGCCUACUCGCUAAAGUGUUUUAGGGAGAGUUUGACAGUGAUAAGGGGUGGUCGUUUGACCGCGGACCCGUUACGGACGCAGGCAAUAAGGCAGUGAUCGCUGAGAUCCUGGUUGAAGACAGCUGAGGUGUAUUUAGAGGGUGUGUUAGUCAGGAUGAUAUCUAUGAGGGUACCCAUGUUUACGGAUUUAGGGUUGUACCUGGUAGGUUCGUUGAUAAUUUGCAUGAGGUUGAGGGCAUCUAGUUUGGAUUGUAGGAUGGCCGGGGUAUUAAGCAUAUCCCAAUUUAGGUCACCAAGCAGUACGAACUCUGAGGAUAAAUGGGGGGCAAUCAAUUCACAUAUGGUGUCCAGGGCACAGCUGGGGGCUGAGGGGGGUCUGUAGCAAGCGGCAACAGUGAGAGACUUAUUUCUGGAAAGGUGGAUUUUUAGAAGUAGAAGCUCAAACUGUUUGGGCACAGACCUGGAUAGUAUGAUAGAGCUCUGCAGGCUAUCUCUACAGUAGAUUGCAACUCCACCCCCUUUGGCAGUUCUAUCUAGACGGAAAAUGUUAUAGUUGGGGAUGGAAAUUUCAGAAUUUUUGGUGGCCUUCCUGAGCCAGGAUUCAGACACUGCUAGAACAUCAGGGUUGGCGGAGUGUGCUAACGCAGUGAAUAACUCAAACUUAGGAAGUAGACUUCUGAUAUUUACGUGCAAGAAACCAAGACUUUUGCGAUUACAGAAGUCAGCAAAUGAUAGCGCCUGGGGAGUAGGAGUGAUACUGAGGGCUGCAGGGCCUGGGUUAGCCUCUACAUCACCAGAGGAACAGAGGAGGACUAGAAUAAGGAUACGGCUAAAGGCUUUAAGAACUGGUCUUCUAGUGCGUUGGGUACAUAGAAUAAAGCGGGCAGAUUUCCGGGUGUUGUAGAAAAGAUUCAGGGCAUUAUGUACAGACAAGGAUAUGAGUAAAGUGGAGGUAAACCUAAGCGUUGGGUAACAAUGAAAGAGAUAGUAUCACUAGAGGCACCAAUUGAGUCGGUCUCCGCGUGUAUGGGGGGUGGGACAAAUGAGCUAUCUAAGGCAGGUUUAGCUGGGCUGGGGGAUCUACAGUGAAAUAGUACAAUUAGAAAUAACCGAAAGAACAAUAAGCUAACCAUGUUUGGGCUGAGGCUAAACAUAAACAGGAUGUAGUACCGUAAAAAGGAACAGUCCAGCAGACAUCAGCUGUAUAGCUGAGUUAUCAUAAGGUCCGGUGAACAGCAGUAGGAUAGUUCGGAGGCUGCUAAAGCACUAGCGAGUAAGAGGCCACGGCUAGCUUGUGCUAGCGGGCCGGGCUAGCAGAUGGAAUUUUGGUGGUCGACGUCGUAACCACAUCAGACGAUUUCGCCGGCAGACCAGUCGUGUAGGAUCGGCGGGGCUCCGUGUCAACACUAGGUGGUCCCGUCCGGUUGACAGAGAGGUAGAUAGCCGGGAGAUGGGCCUAGCUCAGGAUGAUUAGCCAGACCACAGCGCUAUAUAGUUGCAGCUAGCUGGUAUCGAUGAAUCCGGAGUUAAAGGUCCAGUGAUUCAGUGAUUCCGGCAGAAAAACUGAUAUGUUCUGGGUCGAUAACGCGCUGUGCAGACUGGCCGAAUAUCCGGUGAUUAAUAUCCAGUGAUUAAAUUAAUCCCGCAGAAAAAAAAAAUCCAAUGUUCUGGGUGAAAUACCGCUAACUGUGGCUAAUAGCAAGUAGCUAGUUAGCUGGCUAGCUAGUUUCAACUGGAGAUUCUAGAUAAAAGGUAAGUCAAUAAUAGAAUCCGUUCCACAUUGAGUGAGUCGGGUUGCAGGAAAGUAUAUUUUGUAGAAGGAUGAAAAGUCUGAUAGGGAAAUAUGUACGAAAAAUACAACAAAAACAGGGUAUUUACAGGCUAUUUACAGACACACGACAAAAACAGAACUGCACUACUUCGCCAUCUUGCAUUUGACAAUAGGCAAGCAGCUUGGUGAGAAGGCAACAACUGUUGGCGAAAUUAUUAGAAAAUGGAAGAAGUUCAAGAUGACGGUCAAUCACCCUCGGUCUGGGGCUCCAUGCAAGAUCUCACCUCGUGGGGCAUCAAUGAUCAUGAGGAAGGUGAGGGAUCAGCCCAGAACUACACGGCAGGACCUGGUCAAUGACCUGAAGAGAGCUGGGACCACAGUCUCAAAGAAAACCAUUAGUAACACACUACGCCGUCAUGGAUUAAAAUCCUGCAGCGCACGCAAGGUCCCCCUGCUCAAGCCAGUGCAUGUCCAGGCCCGUCUGAAGUUUGCCAAUGACCAUCUGGAUGAUCCAGAGGAGGAAUGGAAGAAGGUCAUGUGGUCUGAUGAGACAAAAAUAGAGCUUUUUGGUCUAAACUCCACUCGCCGUGUUUGGAGGAAGAAGAAGGAUGAGUACAACCCCAAGAACACCAUCCCAACCAUGAAGCAUGGAGGUGGAAACAUCAUUCUUUGGGGAUGCUUUUCUGCAAAGGGGACAGGACGACUGCACCGUAUUGAGGGGAGGAUGGAUGGGGCCAUGUAUCACGAGAUCUUGGCCAACAACCUCCUUCCCUCAGUAAGAGCAUUGAAGAUGGGGCGUGGCUGGGUCUUCCAGCAUGACAACGACCCGAAACACACAGCCAGGGCAACUAAGGAGUGGCUCCGUAAGAAGCAUCUCAAGGUCCUGGAGUGGCCUAGCCAGUCUCCAGACCUGAACCCAAUAGAAAAUCUUUGGAGGGAGCUGAAAGUCCGUAUUGCCCAGCGACAGCCCCGAAACCGGAAGGAUCUGGAGAAGGUCUGUAUGGAGGAGUGGGCCAAAAUCCCUGCUGCAGUGUGUGCAAACCUGGUCAAGACCUACAGGAAACGUAUGAUCUCUGUAAUUGCAAACAAAGGUUUCUGUACCAAAUAUUAAGUUCUGCUUUUCUGAUGUAUCAAAUACUUAUGUCAUGCAAUAAAAUGCAAAUUAAUUACUUAAAAAUCAUACAAUGUGAUUUUCAGGAUUUUUAGAUUCCGUCUCUCACAGUUGAAGUGUACCUAUGAUAAAAAUUACAGACCUCUACAUGCUUUGUAAGUAGGAAAACCUGCAAAAUCGGCAGUGCAUCAAAUACUUGUUCUCCCCACUGUAUGUGAUAUCAACAGAGGUAUAUUUUCUGCGCAAUUUCAAUAUUGACUGGCUUUCAUCAAGCUGCCCACUCAAGAAAAAGCUUAAAACUGUAACCAGUGCCUGCAACCUGGUUCAGGUUAUCAGUCAACCUACCAGGGUAGUUACAAACAGCACAGGAAUGAAAUGUAUUGAUCACAUAUUUACUAAUGCUGCAGAAAUUUGCUUUAAAGCAGUAUCCAUAUCCAUCGGAUGUAGUGAUCAAAAUAUGUGACUCGUUUCAGGAAACUAGGCGUAUGUCGCACAUCACUACUUCACAGGAGAGCCAUUUGAACGUAAACAUGUGUUUUUUAUCAAUUCAUUUUUUGGCAGAAAUGCCUUCUGGAACAUGUGAACUUUCAUGUGCCUUAAUAAAAAGUGUAUUCCAUCCAUAAAUACGAAUAAAAUGGUUAAAUUACGAGCCUAGUUGGCUUAGCCACGGAAAAAGACAGGAACCUUCCUGCUAGCCAUGAUUGGUUGAGAUAAUGGAUGGGCUGGACAUGCAUGGAGAUGAGUUUGGAUUGGUCUGCUAUGUAAUGUGCUUCUGUCUAUAACGUGAGCUGUUCAGUAUGUGUUGACAGUCAUUUCUAUCGCGCUGUUUUUGAAAGAUAGAACGUUAGCCAUCGAGAACUACAAAAGUUUGCUUCUUUUCUCAACAACAUUGAUGCCCUGAAUUUAGCAGGCGCGAUCGACAGAUCAGUUGGAAAAAGUGAUGGGCUACUUUCUGCACAUGCCACGGUCAGUGUGAUCCGGAGUGACUUGACGCAACGCUGGCCAAACAAGAUGUAGCUACAAACAAAACGGAGUUAAAUGGUUUGAGUCUGCCAUGAAGCAUUCAUCCAUUUAUACGUGUAAGAGUCUAGCUACAUUUUCAGAUAGAAAUUUGUCAGAAAGUUGUUUUUAUUGCAAGUCAAAACGUACUGUUAGUAAUAGGCUGGGCCUAAUGUAGUGUGUAAAAGUAGAGACUCCGAGCUAGAAAAUUGAAUAUCAUACACUACAGUUGAGGAACAAUGGGAAAGUAAUUCUGCUUUGAAAGUUGAUAAACUUCUAACAAUUUUUGAGAAAAUGGCCUUUGAAUGUUUUGGUACACCUACUGGAGAGCUCUUCUUUGUAUUUGCCAAGGCAGCAGCUACUCUUCCUGGGGUCCAAACAUAUUAAAGCACUUACAUUACAAAUAAAACAAAAAAGAUAAAACAGUACAUCAUAUAACAUUAUUACACCACUACAAAUCUACAAUACAAAAUGUUUAAUACCACCAUACAACAAUAUCACAAUGUAUGCGUGUGUGUCUCUUCACAGUCCCCACUAUUCCAUAAGGUGUAUUUUUACCUUUAAAAAAAGAUCAGUUACCUGAUGUGGAAUAGAGUUCCAUGUAGUCAUGGCUCUGUAGUACUGUGCGCCUCCCAUAAUCUGUUCUGGACUUGGGGACUGUGAAGAGAUCUCUGGUGGCAUGUCUUGUGGGGUAUGCAUGGGUGUCAGUAUUUUAAACAGACAGCUCGGUACAUUCAGCUUGUCAACACCUCUUACAAAAACAAGUAGUGAUGAAGUCCAUCUCUCUUCCACUUUGAGCCAUGAGAGAUAGACAUGCAUGUCAUUGAUGUUAGCUCUGUGUACUUUUAAGGGUCAGCCGUGCUGCCCUGUUCUGAGCCAACUGCAAUUUUCCCAAGUCCCUCUUUGUGGCACCUGACCACACUACUGAACAGUAGUAUAGGUGCAACAAAACUAGGGUCUGUAGGACCUGCAUUGUUGAUAGUGUUGUAAAGAAGGCAGAGGAGCACUUUAUUAUGUACAGACUUCUCCCCAUCUUAGCUACUGUUGUAUCAAAAUGUUUUGACCAUGACUGUUUACAAUCCAGGGUUACUCCAAGCAGUUUAGUCACCUCAACUUGCUCUAUUUCCACAUUUAUUCAUUACGAGAUGUAGUUGCGGAUUAGUGUUUUAGUGAAUGAUUUGUCCCAAAUACAAUGCUUUAUAGUUUUGGAAAUAUUUAGGACUAACCUAUUCCUUGCUACCCGUUCUGAAACUAACUACAGCUCUUUGUUAAGUGUUGCAGUUAUUUCAGUUGCUGUAGUAUCUGACGUGUAUAGUGUUGAGUCGUCCGCAUACAUAGACACACUGGUUUUACUCAAAGCCAGUGGCAUGUCGUUAGUAAAGAUGGAAAAAAGUAAGGGGCCUAAACAGCUACCCUGGGGAAUUCCUGAUUCUACCUGGAUUAUGUUUGAGAGGCUUACAUUAAAGAACACCCUCUGUGUUCUGUUAGACAAGUAACUCUUUAUCCACAUUAUAGCAGGGGGUGUAAAGCCAUAACAAAUACGUUUUUCCAGCAGCAGACUAUGAUCGAUAAUGUCAAAAGCUGCACUGAAGUCUAACAAGACAACCCCCACAAUCUUUUUAUCAUCCAUUUCUCUCAGCCAAUCAGUCAUUUUUGUAAGGGCUGUGCUAGUUGAGUGUCCUUCCUUAUAAGCGUGCUGAAAGUCUGUUGUCAGUUUUACUGUAAAAUAGCAUUGUAUCUGGUCAAACACAAUUUUUCCAGAAGUUUACAAUGGGUUGUUAACAAGCUGAUUGGUCGGCUAUUUGAGCCAGUAAAGGGAACUUUACUAUUCUUGGGUAGCGGAAUGACUUUAGCUUCCCUCCAGGCCCAAGGGCACACACUUUCUAGUAGGCUUAAAUUGAAGAUAUGGCAAAUAGGAGUGGCGUUAUCGUCCACUAUUAUCCUCAGUAAUUUUCCAUCCAAGUUGUCAGACCCCGGUGGCUUGUCAUUGUUGACAGGCAACAAUACAUUUUUCACCUCUGCCACACGCACUUUACGGAAUUCAAAAUGACAAUGCUCUUCUUUCAUAAUUUGAACAGAUAUACAGUGAGGGGAAAAAAGUAUUUGAUCCCCUGCUGAUUUUGUACGUUUGGCCACUGACAAAGACAUGAUCAGUCUAGGGGUGAUGAUAUUAAUUAAUAGUAAUUUCGAUCCGAAUGUGCAAAUUGUCCAAAUAGAUACGCAAGGUAGAUGGAUUAUUUUAAACAUGUUAUUGGACCAUAAACAGAUAUGGCUCAUUAACCUUUACGGACCAAAUAAUGAUGAUCCACAAUUCUUUGACAAUAUAUAUAAUAAAUUAUCAACCCUGCAAGCAAUUCAAGACAAUAUUAUUAUGGUGGGGGAUUAUAAUACUGUUUUAAAUAGCUCAAUGGACCGUAAAGGAAAUCACACCACAAACAAUCACCCACAUGCUCUUAAGGAAAUUGUGAAUGUCAUGGAUACAUUAGAACUAGUAGAUAUAUGGAGGCUUAAAUAUACUGAUCUAGUGAGAUAUACAUGGCGGAGACUGAAUCAAGCUAGUCGUCUUGACUUCUUUCUUAUCUCAUUCUCGUUGGCACCAAAAGUUUUAAAAAAGUGUUGAUAGGGGACAGAAUGCGGUCGGAACAUUAUAUAAUAGGCAUAUACAUUACUCUUACUGAAUUUCCACGUGGGCGAGGAUAUUGGAAAUUUAAUCAAAGCUUAUUGGAUAAUAAUUUAUUUAUAAUUAGAACAAAGGAAUUUAUAACUGACUUUUUCCAACAUAACAUAGGUACAGGGAAUCCCCUUAUUGUAUGGGACACCUUUAAAUGUGCCUUUAGAGGCCAUGCAAUUCAGUACUCAUCUCGAAAACAAAAGCAAUUUAGGUCAAAAGAGUUUAUACUAAGAAAGGAAAUAGAAAGUCUAACAGAACAGAUAGAUGGCAAUAAAAACAGUAACAUAGAGGCUCAGAAUAAAUUAGAGGAAAAACAAAAAGAAAUGGAGAAACUUAUUCAAGAAAGAUCAAGUGUAAUAUAUUUAAAAAAUAAAGCAAAGUGGAUGGAAUAUGGGGGGAAAUGCACAAAAUUCUUUUUUAAUCUUCAACAUAGGAAUGCUACCAAAAAUAACUUAAUUAAACUGGUUACAAUUGACGGAGUCACCCAUAAUUCACCAAAUGAUAUUUUGAAGGAAGAAACAAAGUACUUUAAGCAUAUGUUUUCUUUUCAGUCGCCUACAUCUCCUCUAACUGAAGCUAAUUGUAGAGAUUUAUUUUCUAUUGAUAAUGUCAAAUUAACAGCCACACAGAAAGACUCAUGUGAAGGUGAAAUUACAGAGGAGGAACUUCUGGAUGCAGUUAAAGACUUUAAGUCCGGGAAAACUCCAGGGUUGGAUGGCAUACCAGUCGAGGUAUACCAAACCUUUUUUGAUAUACUAAGAGGACCGUUAUUAGCAUGUUUUAACCACUCCUAUGUAAAUGGUAGAUUAUCUGACACUCAAGAAGAAGGUCUGAUCUCAUUAUUACUGAAACAGGAUACAAGUGGAAAAUAUAAAGAUCCAGUCCAUUUACAAAAUUGGAGGCCCUUUACACUUCAGUGUUGUGAUGCAAAAAUCCUAGCAAAAUGUAUAGCGCAUAGAAUUAAAAAGGUAUUGGCAGAUAUUAUUCAUUCUAAUCGACAGGUUUUUUACAUGGAAGAUACAUUGGAGAUAAUAUAAGGCAAGUAUUGGAAACAAUAGAACACUAUGGAAUUUAUGGGAAACCAGGCCUGCUAUUCAUAGCAGAAUUCGAAAAGGCAUUUGAUAAAGUUCGACUGGGGUUUAUAUAUAAAUAUAUAAUAAUAAUUUCAAUUUUGGAGAAUCUCUUUAUAAAAUGGGUCAAAAUCAUGUAUAGUAACCCUAGGUGUAAAAUAGUAAAUAAUGGCUAUUUCUCAGAAAGUUUUAAACUGUCAAGAGGAUUGAAACAAGGUUGUCCAGUAUCGGCAUAUCUAUUUAUUGUGGCCAUCGAGAUGUUAGCUAUUAAAUUCAGAUCCAAUAAUAAUAUCAGAGGAUUAGAAAUCCAGGGCUUAAAAACAAAGGUGUUAUUGUACGCUGAUGAUUAAUUUUUUCUUUUAAAUCCACAACUAGAAUCUCUCCACAGCCUCAUAGAGGAUCUAGAUACAUUUUCUAACCUCUCUGGAUUACAACCAAAUUAUGACAAAUGUACUAUAUUACGUAUUGGAUCACUAAAAAAUAAAAAAAAUUACAUUACCAUGUAGUUUACCAAUAAAAUGGUCUGAUGGUGAUGUGGAUAUACUCUGAAUACAUAUCCCAAAGGAAAUAAAUGAUCUCACUUCAAUACAUUUUAAUAGAAAGUUAGCAAAAAUAGAUAAGAUCUUACUACCAUGGAAAGGAAAAUACCUGUCAAUUUGUGGAAAAAUCACCCUGAUUAACUCUGUUAGUAUUAUCCCAGUUUACCUAUUUGCUUAUGGUCUUGCCUACGCCUAGCGAACAGUUUUUUAAAUUAUAUGAGAAAAAAAUAUAUUUUAUUUGGAACGGCAAGCCAGACAAAAUUAAAAGGGCAUAUUUAUAUAAUGAAUAUGAAUUCGGAGGACAGAAAUUAUUAAAUAUUAAAGCAUUAGACCUAUCACUAAAAUGCUUUAUUCAGAUUACAACAACUCAUUUGCAGUUAUUUGAAAAGGAAAUCAUCUCCCAAAUAUCACUAUUUCUAAAACAAGCCACAGAAAGUUGGUUGCAAUUUCAAUUUAAUCCUCCAGAAAAGACAGAACAAAUAAUGCAACAAAUAUUGUGGUUAAAUUCAAAUAUACUAAUUGACAAAAAACCUUUAUUUUUUGACAGAAUGUUUAAAAAAGGUAUAAUCUUCGUAAAUGAUAUCAUUGGUAGGACUGGUGGAGUAAUGUCGCACAUGCAGCUAACAAACACAUAUGGAAAUGUCUACUCUACCCAAAAUUAUAACCAAAUAAUUGCAGCCUUAACGCAAAAGUGGAAGAGGAAAGUGGAAGGGGGAGAAAGUAAGGAACUUGUCUGUCGGCCUUGCAUUAAAGAACAUCAUUGGUUAAGGAAAACUGUGAUAAAUAAAAAUGUAUGUCAGUUUCACUUAAGGACCAAAGGAUUGACAGCCGUCCCAUAUAGAUUGCAAAAUAGUUGGGAAGAGAUUUUUUACGUACCGAUCCCAUGGCAUAGUGUUUAUGAACUGACACGCAAAACGACACCGGAUUCAAAAAUUUGAAUCUUUCAUUUUAAAUUAUUAUAUAAAAUUCUUGCUACUAAUAUAAUGUUAUUUAUAUGGGGGAUACAAUCUUCCCAGCUCUGCAGAUUUUGCUGUGAAGAGACAGAAUCAUUAGAUCAUUUGUUUUUGUUCUGUCUAUUUGUAGCUUGUUUUUGGACACAGGUCCAGGAAUGGCUAAAGGAUUGCAAUAUUUACCUGGAGCUAACCUUGCAGAUAGCAUUACUGGGUGAUCUGAAAAGUCAUAGUCAAUCGAUCAAUAAUAUAUAAAAAUACUUUUAGCAAAAAAUGUUUAUUUUUAAUUCACAAUCUGUAGAAGCAAUGAGAAUAGAAAGGUUCAGAACUUUUGUAAAACAUCACAGUACGGUUGAAAUAUAUAUGGCAAAUAGAAAUCCUAUAUGGAUGGUGUUAAGAGAUAGAUGGAAGGUAUUGAAUAGAGUUGAAGGAUGGGACUAAUAACAAAUAACAACAAAUAAUAACAAAGAUAGCUAAUAAUGUAAGAAUACUGUGUCCAUAAUGAGUAUAUAGGUUGUAUGUUGGGAGCUUUUGGGAAAGAGCACAGUUAGAAAGAUAUGGCAUAUAGAAGCAAACCGGAUGGACAUCAUGAAAAUGAUCGGAGAGGUUGAGAGUAGAAGAAGUUCAGGAGCAAAAAAAAAAAAAAAGUUGUGUAUAUAUAUGUAUAUAUAUAUAUAUAUAUAUAUAUAUAUAUAUAUAUAUAUAUAUAUAUAUAUAUAUAUAUAUAUAUAUAUAUAUAUAUAUAUAUAUAUAUAUAUAUAAUAGAAUUAUUGUAAAAUUAACUGUGUCCAUAAGGUGUAGAUAGUAAGUAUAGACCGGAAGUAGAGCCCUGGGCAUUGUUGUUCACUAAUUUACUCCAAGUAGGGAAAGGAUGGUGGGGUUGAAAAGUAAUGAAGGGGAGUAUAUAUAUAAAAAACAUGGGGGAUUGGAAGUGAUGCAGACAAUUACAUUGAUAGAAGAUACAAUCUAUCUGCAAUAUUAAGCUGAUCCAUCCCCUACCCUAAAAAAAAAUAAUAAAAAAGGAAAAAAAAGACAUGAUCAGUCUAUCAUUUUAAUGGUAGGUUUAUUUGAACAGUGAAAGAGAGAAUAACAACAAAAAAAUCCAGAAAAACGCAUGUCAAAAAUGUUAUAAAUUGAUUUGCAUUUUAAUGAGGGAAAUAAGUAUUUGACCCCUCUGCAAAACAUGACUUAGUACUUGGUGGCAAAACCCUUGUUGGCAAUCACAGAGGUCAGAUGUUUCUUGUAGUUGGCCACCAGGUUUGCACACAUCUCAGGAGGGAUUUUGUCCCACUCCUCUUUGCAGAUCUUCUCCAAGUCAUUAAGGUUCGAGGCUGACGUUUGGCAACUCAAACCUUCAGCUCCCUCCACAGAUUUUCUAUGGGUUUAAUGUCUGGAGACUGGCUAGGCCACUCCAGGACCUUAAUGUGCUUCUUCUUGAGCCACUCCUUUGUUGCCUUGGCCGUGUGUUUUGGGUCAUUGUCAUGCUGGAAUACCCAUCCAUGACCCAUUUUCAAUGCCCUGGCUGAGGGAAGGAGGUUCUCACCCAAGAUUUGACGGUACAUGGCCCCGUCCAUCGUCCCUUUUGAUGCGGUGAAGUUGUCCUGUCCUCUUAGCAGAAAAACACCCCCAAAGCAUCAUGUUUCCACCUCCAUGUUUGACGGUGGGGAUGGUGUUCUUGGGGUCAUAGGCAGCAUUCCUCCUCCUCCAAACACGGCGAGUUGAGUUGAUGCCAAAGAGCUCGAUUUUGGUCUCAUCUGACCACAACACUUUCACCCAGUUCUCCUCUGAAUCAUUCAGAUGUUCAUUGGCAAACUUCAGACGGGCCUGUAUAUGUGCUUUCUUGAGCAGGGGGACCUUGCGGGCGCUGCAGGAUUUCAGUCCUUCACGGCGUAGUGUGUUACCAAUUGUUUUCUGUGACUAUGGUCCCAGCUGCCUUGAGAUCAUUGACAAGAUCCUCCCAUGUAGUUCUGGGCUGAUUCCUCACCGUUCUCAUGAUCAUUGCAACUCCACAAGGUGAGAUCUUGCAUGGAGCCCCAGGUCAAGGGAGAUUGACAGUUCUUUUGUUUCUUCCAUUUGCGAAUAAUCGCACCAACUGUUGUCACCUUCUCACCAAGCUGCUUGGCGAUGGUCUUGUAGCCCAUUCCAGCCUUGUGUAGGUCUACAAUCUUGUCCCUGACAUCCUUGGAGAGCUCUUUGGUCUUGGCCAUGGUGGAGAGUUUGGAAUCUGAUUGAUUGAUUGCUUCUGUGGACAGGUGUCUUUUAUACAGUUAACAAGCUGAGAUUAGGAGCACUCCCUUUAAGAGUGUGCUCCUAAUCUCAGCAAGUUACCUGUAUAACAGACUCCUGGGAGCCAGAAAUCUUUCUGAUUGAGAGGGGGUCAAAUACUUAUUUCCCUCAUUAAAAUGCAAAUCAAUUUAUAAAAUUUUUGCCAUGUGUUUUUCUGUAUUCUUUUGUUGUUAUUCUGUCUCUCAAUGUUCAAAUAAACCUACCAUUAAAAUUAUAGACUGAUCAUGUCUUUGUCAGUGGCCAAAUGUACAAAAUCAGCAGGGGAUCAGAUACUUUUUUCCCUCACUGUACUUGGAUGUGUAGUGUCCAUAAAAAAUAAAUAAAUAGUGUCAGCUCAAUUUCCUCCAGCACUAGUAGUUUCAUCCUCUCUUGUAGGACAGCGGUCUGUGAAUUGCUGUGUGCUAGUGAAUGGUGGCUGCCAUGGCCACUUCCAAAGGGGUAUCCAACAGUCGAACUCUCACUCUGUCUAGAGUGCCUUGCCGAUUUCCCAUGACUUAAGGGGAGCUGGUCGACCUGUGCUAUGGGAGUUACCUCUUCCAUGGGUUCUUCCGGUAGACCACUCUCCCGUUCCAAAGCAGUUUCCGGUCCUUGCCUCGGACGGGAUGGUUGAUGGCUGAAACGUACAGUUGAUCCAUUGCUGCUUUGAGCCCUAGUGGGCUUGCCCUUUGGUGGGGGGAAACUCCACCACAUAAUCCUUAAGAUAACCAGGUGUGGUUGUCUGCUCGUUUGUUGCCUGGUUCUCCUGGUGCUGCUGGCGGUUGAGGAUGAAGCCUUCUUUGGUGUUUUAGGCUUAGCUCCUUGAUCUUUUAUUUGUUCCAGGACUUUUCCCCCCAUCUUUAGCCUCAGCUGCUAUUUCUUCAUCUCUCUUUCCUUCAUCUCUCCUUCCUUCCAGUGGAGACAAUUCUUCCUUCUCCACCAUUUCCUUUUCACCUGUCUUUGGUUCAGUCAUCAUUCGGCUCGAAGGACCGUUGAAAGAUUAUUGGAAACUGUGUGGGUAGCUGGACAGGUAGGAUGACUGACAAUGGUGAAGGUGAACAGGUGGUCACGGGUCAGCUGACUGAGAGGAAUGGAGGAGACUGAGGCAGGAAUUCCUUUAACCACAAAGUGGUAUGUUUACUGGGUAGAUUGUCUGUGCUGCAUAACAAAGGAAACAGAAUAACAUGUAUCCAAUCAAUUCAUAAUCACAAAUGUCACAUUAUUAACAUGAGGUUAUUCAGUUCAAUAGGAAUUCAAUAUGAAGCAUGAUUGAGUCAUUUAGGAUCAUAACCAUUUAUCAUAAUCAUGAGAAUGAUAAUGCAAAUAAAUCGAUCUGUUAUCAAUUAUUCAAUCUAUAAUCUCUGUUUAAUAUCAGGAUUUAGCAAAUAAUAAUUACGUUUCAUAUUUCAUCCUUCCAGGAUUGUCUUCAUAUGUACAUGUCAUUUAGUUACAUUUUAACCAGAUAUCAAUGGCAUAAUUGGCCGGUGAUGAUCUGGAGGGCCGUGAUCAUUGUCCAUUGACAUAACACAAUAGGGUUGAAGCGUGCGCUCCAAGCUGCGCUCUGCGGUAAUAACUAUAAACAAUAACUGAUGGCCCGCUCUCCCGAUCACAACAGAUAGUUCAGAUGAAAGAUAACAGUUUCGGUGGACUUACGUUGAUUCGUGAUUUCCUCCUUUUAAUGAGUUGAGAGUUAAAGUGCUCUGGCCCAGCUGCGCAAGUGGCUAUGAAUUAAAUGGCGAUUCCACCAACUCCAUGGGCCUUUUCUACAUAGAUAUGCUCAUGUUAGUGCAUGGUAAGCUGCACACAGUGGACUACCUACUAGGGCACACAGCCUCAGUGCUAACAGCAUACAUCUGGUUCAUAGGUACAUGAUUGCUGCAUACAAUAACUGUAGGAUCAGUAGAGGCAUUCAGGGCAGUUAGAGGGACAUAAAUUAGGUUACUUACAUUGUCUACCAAUGCCCCUGGUAUAAUGUACAUUUGCUAAAGCAUUAUGAUGACUCAGCGACCCAAUGGUAGGGAUUAACUGCGCUGGGCUUGGGUCAUUGAUAAGUCAUUGUCUCAACGCAGCCUUAUAAUGCUGUGAAAGGAUACAGGAACCCAAAUGAUUUUGUUGGAUCCCAUCCUCCUUAUAAAACGUGUUUUGUUUCCAAAAGGUAUUGAAAUUGUCAACAGAAGUUACAUCCAUUGAGCUGCAAUAAUCACAUAGCCAGUUGUGAAGAGAAAGAAUCCUGCUAAAGCGUUCAAUACCACGAUUCAGAGAGGGCACAGUGCCAGAUUUGAUGGGUCUUUUAUUAGUGUCUAGCAGAGAGUCAAUCAGUUCUUUUUAAAUCGAGUUUCAACUGUUCAGAACUGCCCUUCAUAAUGUCAUUAAAACCCACAUGGACUAUGAUAGAAUCAAUAUCCAUGUAUUGGCGUAGUACAUUUGGGAGCAGCUUAGUAAUGUAAUUUACUCGAGCUCUGGGAUAGGACAUUGUUUUUGCACCACGAACAGUCACAUUUCUUACCAUGGAGCUGCCCAAAAUGACGGCUGGCGAGAAGGACGAGGAAAUACUCCCACGCUUCACAGGAUGGUCCAGGCCCCCGCUUGAUCCAGAGCAGUGACGGAAGGUUGCCGACGUCGACUUCAAGGGGAAGGAGGAGGAGUAGGCACAUCGACCGCAGACACAGGUACCCCCAGCGACAAAGGUGCAGGAAGAUCAGGCUCCAGGGUGGAAAAAGGCACCUAAAGACUGACCAUGAGAAACAAGAUUCUCUGAUCUGAUUAAAACAAGAUUGAACUCUUUGGCCUGAAUACCAAGCGUCAUGACUGGAGGAAACCUGGCACCAUGCCUACGGUGAAGCAUGGUGGUGGCGGCAGCAUCAUGCUGUGGGGAUGUUUUCAGCGGCAGGGACUGAGAGACUAGUCAGGAUCGAGGGAAAGAUUAACGGAGCAAAGUACAGAGAUCCUUGAUGAAAACCUGCUCCAAAGCACUCAGGACCUCAGACUGGGGCGAAGGUUCCCCUUCCAACAGGACAACGACCCUAAGCACACAGACAAGACAACGCAGGAGUGGCUUCGGGGCAAGUCUCUGAAUGUCCUUGAGUGGCCCAGCCAGAGCCCAGACUUAAACCCGCUCGAACAUUUCUGGAGAGACCUGAAAGUAGCUGUGCAGCGAUGCUCCCCAUCCAACCUGACAGAGCUUGAGAUGCUCUGCAGAGAAGAAUGGGAGAAACUCCCCAUAUACAGGUGUGCCAAGCUUGUAGCGUCAUACCCAAGAAGGUGCUUCAACAAAGUAAAGUGUCUGAAAUAAAUACAGUACCAGUCAAAAGUUUGGACACACCUACUCAUUCAUGGGUUUUUCUUUAUUUUAACUAUUUUCUACAUUGUAGAUUAAUAGUGAAGACAUCAAAACUAUGAAAUAACACACAUGGAAUUAUGUAGUAACCAAAAAAGUGUUAAACAAAUUAAAAUGUAUUUUUGAUUCUUCAAAGUAGGCUCCCUUAUUCAUCUUCUGUAUACCACCCCUACCUUUUCACAACACAACUGAUUGGCUCAAACACAUUAAGAAGGAAAGAAAUUCCACAAAUUAACUUUUAAGAAGGCACACCUGUUAAUUGAAAUGCCUUCCAGGUGACUACCUCAUGAAGCUGGUUGAGAGAAUGCCAAGAGUGUGCAAAGCUGUCAUCAAGGCAAAGGGUGGCUUUUUUUUUUUAACUUUUUUGGUUACUACAUGAUUCCAUAUGUGUUAUUUCAUAGUUUUGAUGUCUUCACUAUUAUUCUACAAUGUAGAAAAUAGUAAAAAAGAAAGAAAAGCCCUGGAAUGAGUAGGUGUGUCCAAACUUUUGACUGGUACUGUAAGUAAAUGUGAUAUUUCAGAUUUGUAUUUGUAAUACAUUUGCUAAAAUUUCUAAACCUGUUUUUGCUUUGUCAUUAUGGGGUAUUGUGUGUAGAUUGAUAAAAAACAAAACACAUUUUAAUCAAUUUUAGAAUAAGGCUGUAACGUAACAAAAAUGUGGAAACAGUCAAGGUGUCUGAAUACUUUCCGAAUGCACUGUAUAGUGUACAAACAUGAUGAUACAAAUCAGACAUUUACCAUACAGGCUACUCAACAGUUCUGAAAAGAAAGUGUCUUGGUCAGAAUGAACACACGGUGGAAAGCAGAAGGAUUUGUCGUGUCUAGCGCAUUUGUUAAUUUCAAACUGAAUUCAAUUUAACAAACCGUUCUGUCCUCCUCUUUUAUCUUUCCUCAGCAAUAUUUUGUCCUGCUAAUCAUCACCGAUGGCGAGAUCACGGACCUGGACCAGACCCGGGACGCCAUCGUCAAGGCCUCACGGCUGCCCAUGUCCAUCAUCAUCAUCGGGGUGGGCGAAGCAGACUUCAAGGCCAUGGAGCUGCUAGAUGGAGACGACGGUGUACUCAAGUCCCUGAGUGGCGAGCCCGUGGCCAGGGAUAUUGUGCAGUUUGUGCCCCUCAGACAGUUUGCUAAUGUAUGUUUAUUUUAAUCUGCGAUUGUGUCAUUGUGAAGUGUGUUGUCAGUACCAGUACCGCACCAUUUUGGCGAGGAAUUGAGAAGAUUCACGAGUGUACAUCAGUUUAGUCUGUAAUUGUAUCAGUGGGUAGUGUAGCACCAUUCCGUAACACUUUGGCGAGAUAUUUACAGAUUUUACACACUUUUCUAUCUUGAGUUUGUUUGUGUGUUUUGUUGCCCUGCUGUUGGAGCUCUUCCCUUCUCACUGUCCUUCCGCCCUCUGCAGGCCCCUAAGGAAGCCCUCGCCCAAAGUGUCUUGGCUGAAGUGCCCAAUCAACUUGUGUCCUACUUCAAGAUGCUGAAACUGGAUCCAGUCAACGUUCCUGCCCUCAAAGCUUAG